GGCUGAUCCACGCUGCUGCUCCUCCCUCCUGCCUCCUGGCUCUGGCGGGCCGGCUCCUUUGUACGCCCGGCAGAGGCGGAGGGGCGCGCAGGGCAGCUCCAUCCUGGCUCCCAUCGCGACGCCACCAUGAAACUUCAGGCGGCGGCGCCCGCGCCUUUUCUCCCGCUCCGGCCGCUGCUGCUGCUGCUGCUGCCGCUGCUCCUGCAGGCUGUGGCAGGACGAAGCUCCCCUUACGGCAACCGCUACGCCGGGUAAGUGUGCCGAGCGCAGCCCUCUCCAACCUAGUUGCCUCUCCAGAGGCUGCUGCGCUCCAGCACACCCCUCAUCCCUGACCAUUGGGCGUGCUGGCUGGGGCUCAUGGGAGCAACCAGGGCGCGGAAGUAGCGCCUCUCUUGCUCUCAUCUUGCACUUUGCACGGGCUGAUGGCAGCCACUGUUGGGGAAUUGUGAAUCGUUAUAAUUGUCUUCUUGGAUUUAGAGUCGGAGGACCUUGAUUGUUCAUAUCUCACUUCUUUAAUUACUUCAGUCAGGGUGAGGGAACCGUGGCUUUCGAGAUGUUGUUGGGUUUUCAGGAUGGCCAGUGCAAUUCUAGGGAUGUCUGAAAGUCUCAUCCUCCUUGGCCGCUGGCCAUGCUGGCUGGGGACUGAACUGAGUUCUGCAAUGUACGGAGGUUCCUUGCAGAAAGCCCUUGAGUCUUCAGGAAGAUACACCUGAAAGUAUGAAUGCUAAUAGGCAUUCUACUUUGCUGAUAAGGCUCGGUUUCCAGACCCUUUUAGCAUCAUAGUCACCUUCCUCUGCGGUCCUUCCAGCUUCUCAAUAUCCUUCUUGAACUGGACCCAGAACUGGACCCAGGACUCAAAGUGGAGUCUGACCAAGGCAGAAUAGAGCAAGAUUAUGACUUCCCUUGAUCUGGAUGUUAGACUCCAGUUGAUGCAGCCUAAAUUGCAUCAGCUUUUUUUUUUUUUUCCUGCUGCAUUAUACUGUUGACUCUUGUUAAGCUUGUGGUCUGCUAAGACUCCUAGAUCCUUUUCACAUUAGAUGAUUUUGUGCAGGGCUUCCCCCCCCCCCCAGCUGGAACUUGCCGGAACUCAGUUCCUGCACCUCUCAGGUGGGUGCCAUUGCCAUUAUAAGAGAACAAGGGAGAUAUCCAUGGUGAGUUCUGGCACUUCUUUUUCUAGAAAAAUAGCACUGCAUACAAUAAUUUGAAUUUACAAAUUGCAAUGCAUCAUGGCAAACCACAGCUCUUGGAAUUGGCAGUGCAAGCUGACCUAUGUCAGACAAGUAAGUCCUGUUGAGCUAAACAGAACUUACUCCCAGUUAAGUGUGUACAGUAUAUAAGACUGAAGCCUAAGACUUGAAGCCUUAGACACAGAGAAAAGUAGCCAGAACAGAAAUGAAGAUUCCUUUUGAAGUGAAUUAUUUUUCGUCUUUUAGCUCAAUCCCCACAAUUCCCACAAACCUGUGCACAGGAUUGCAGCCUUAACAUUUACUCAGAUAGAAGACCCAUUGAUAUUAAUGAUGGACAACCUAUGCUAAUAGAGUUGGCCACUGAUUAAACCAAAAUGGAUUGAUCCAGAUUGUUGUUAUUAACAUCUAUAAGCCCCUCCACGGCAUUGUUCUCUGUGUGACUCACAUGCAUAACAUGACAGACUACAAUUAAAUUUUGUUCUCUUUUUUUCUUGUUGCUAGCUGUUUUUGUUGCUAGCCGUCUUAAAACCUUGGUGAGAAUGCAGGGUAUACAUUCUGAAAAUAAACAAAUAAAAUAAAACGUUUUAAGACCCAUAAGCAAGUAACCAAAUAGGUGUGAAAUGACACAAGAACUAGGCUGGCAUGAUACUGGCAAGAGGAAGAUGCAGGUGAAAAUACAAUAUGUUCCACCCCCUACAACACCUCCCCAUGAUGGAAUGGCAGAUAAUACUUAGAGCAGGAUGGAGCAGAACUUCAAGUCCACCGCCAGGCCAGAGCAACAGAGUUCUCUCCAUUCCAGUUGUGGAGAUUGUCGUUUCGCUAAUGUAGUCAAAUAAUUCCUUGAAGCCCAGAACAGCUGCUGUGCAAAUCCAAUUUCUGCUUUUGAAUUUUUCUUAUGCCUUUUACCAGCACUAGCUCCAGCUUAGAAGGGAUGGGGACCCUGUGGCCUUUUAGGUAUUUUUUGGAUUCUGCUAUCACUAAUGAUUAGGGAUGGAAGGAGUUUUAGUCCAACCACAUCCGGCGAGCCAAAGGUUCCCCACCCCUGCUAUAGUGGAAGCGUCUACCUACAACUAGUUUUAGUACAAAUGCAAAAUCCUUUCCUCAAUGGCUGUAGUCUUAGCACUUCCAUAGCUGGGAACUAGGGCAGAUACCAUGGCUCAUGUAUAUUAUGUAGAAGAAAGAUGGGGAAAAGAUUUCAUCGGAGGCCCUGGAAAGCUGCUACCCGCCAGGGUAGAUAAUACAGAGAUAAUCAGACACAAUAUAGAACACCUUCCCAUGUCCCCAGCCAAAGCACAGCCAACUGAACUACAAAUAAGUGGUUCAAUGUUAUAUUUUUCUGUUUAAGUGCCUUUAAAAAAAUACACAGUUGGCAUUAACAAUUAUGCAUCCUGUUUUUAUGCAACCUGCUUUUUGCAAAAUAGACAAGAUAGAAAAAUAAUUUUCACAAGUGACCCUGGAAUACAAGGGAAAUGUCUCAUAUUGGAAAGAUGCUUUAAACAAAGUUGAGCAUUGACUUUCAUUAUUGCAGUAGGCUCUUCUGUUAAAUGCCAAGAAUUCACCUACCGUAUUUUUCCGUCUAUAAGACGCCUCCAUGUAUAAGACGCCCCCUUUUGGGGGGGGACUCAGAUUUAAGAAAAUGGGGGAGAUGUAUAAGGCGCCCCCUAAUUUUUGACAUUAUUUUUUAGGAAAAAGACCUAGUCUUAUACACUGAAAAAUACAGUACUCCUUCCCCAAUUUAAUUCUGUUUAGUGUGGACAACCAAAUAGUGCAUGUGAUGUACAACAUUCUCAAAAUAACUGGCUGUGGCUUCAGAAAUUGCUUACCUUAUAGAGCAAUGCUAGUAAAACGAUACCUUUUUCAGUGCACAGUCUGUGUAGGAUUCAUUCAAAGUGGUGCUUUUUUAGGUGGUUCAAGAUAAGCAGAAGGAAGUCAGAUUGGCCUUGCCCUUUUCAUUUUUAUUAAACUACUAAGGCUAGGCAUGCGAAUUCCACAGUUAAAACACAACCAUUCACUGAAGUUUAAAAAACAUUCCAUACGCUUUAGGAAAAGAAAGUGCAUGGAACGGGUAAUACGAUAUAAAGGAUUUCACCCCUAGGUCACUAGCAGUGACAGAGCACUUAACACAUGACAGCUGCUUUCUGGUCUGAGUCCAGUGCCUACUUGCAGGUAUCUUCCUGGUGAAAAACAACCCCCCACAAUUUUGACCCUUCCUGAUGAUGUCAAGAGUGGCCAAAAACUUAAUGAAUGCUGCAAGAAGAUUGUUUAGGUUUGUGAUUAGUAGCACAGGAACAAAGUUCACUGGAGGAACGAUAGGCAAGCUAGAACUUCAGCUAUUGAGGGGAUUAAAAAAAUUGUAGAGAGCAGUUGUUGCCAGUACAAUGAAACUAGUACUCUUUGUGAGCAAUAAAAGCAUGUCCACAUUAUUUAAGUUGCCUUUAGGCUUCGAUGAAGCCUUCAGCUUUAAAGUUUCCCACCACAUCAAAUCCCUUUUUGUAACUACCAUAGUUAUUUCUCUCUCUGUUUUUCUCAGUCAUACUGUAAAAGUUCUUCAGGGCUCUUGAACAAUGAAUCCAUGUUGCUGUUACUCUUCUGUUGUGGUAAAUGCAAACCUCUGUCCUCAGAGAAGUAUAAAAUUUUGAAGGGGCCUUUGAGGUAAUUUCAUCCCACCCCACCCCCGCUCAGAUUAUUGCAUCCCUGACAGAUGGCCAUGCAAUUUCUUGCUUCAUCUGUUCUAUACAUUUAAAGCAGUAUCAUGCUACCUUAAACAGGCAUGGCUUCCCCCAAGUAAUUCUGGGAACUGCAGGGUGCUGAGAGUUGUUAGGAGACCCUUAUUCCUCUCACAGAACUACAAUUCCCAGAGUUCCCUGGGAAGAGGGAUUAAUUGUUAAACUACUCUGGAAAUUGCCAAGGCAGAACCACCAAAACUACUUAACAAUAAAAUGAAUACACAGUCUUAACCUAACUUGAGUGGGAUUGCACUGGAGUAAGUUGGUUAUGUAGCUUAUAAAUUACAAUGUGCAAUUUAUUGUAUUAAGCAAAGUAGAAUCCGAUGAUUGACAUGAGCUUCUUUUCAUAAAGUUUGUGAAUACUAUAAUGCAGGAUAAAAAUAGAUGCUUGCCAAACAUCCAUACUAUUUAGGAAUUAUUCAUAAAAGUGUUCUCAAGCAGGCACUAAAGAGAGAUCCUUUUAUCUUUUAAUUUUAAGUGAUAGUUUUUACUUUAAACAUUAAAGGUUUUAGAUACUAGUUAAAACUGGGCAGGCAGUAUACCCUUGUAAAAGCUUUGUUAUUAUACAGUGGUUAUUGGAAGAGUCACCAUUUUCCAGAAGAAGAUUUGUUUGGCAGUAAAUUCUUGAUCAAUCAAAGAUCUCAACAAGAGUCAUAUGAUUGCCUUACAACACAUUCCUUAUACAGUUAACUCAGAAAAGUUCCACUAACUUCAGUGAGACUUACUCUUAAGUAAAUGUACAUAGGAUUUCAGCCUUGAACUAUGUACAGAACUUGUGGGGGGGUGGGACUUCCAUUCUGUUUAUAUAAGAAGAAUAAAUUGAAUUCUGAAGAUGACUGUAAAUAAGAUAAAUUUUUCAAAAUAAAAAUUUGAUGCAUUUAUUUAUAAAACAAUGUAUGCACUACUGUUCCCAUCCAAAAAGGAACUGAUGGCCAACAAAGUAUAAACAAGUACAGAAAUAACCCAAAACAGCCAAGUCUAAAAGCGGAAUCAAAAAAACAAAAAUAGCAGAGAGAGCCAGAGCUUACAAUAUAUAAAUUUAAUCAGUAGUGGGCAGCAGUGCUCACCUAACCUCCUGACAGCUGAAUUGCUGCUGCUUACUGGGAGGGAAAGGUAGUGGUGAGAUCAGUGUGGUGGAAACACACAGGCAGAACCAGUCUAGUCGUCCUGAUAGUGCAUUUGCACCACACUGACCUCCCCAUCCCCACGGCCCUUCCUCUCUGUUUGUUUGUGCAUAGUGGUUGCAUCCCAUUCUUCAGCCAAAAAGCCUCCUCAGAAGGCUUACAUAGACUCAGUUAAAACAGUUUCUUUUUGCAGUAUUACCAUUGAAAAGAUAAGGCACAAAAGAAAAAAGGAGGGAGGCCGGAGGAAAAAAGCAAACUCAAGCACAAGUCAAAUAGUAAUUCUUAUAAAACCACCUGGAAAGGAGACAAUUCAAGAGCAGCAGAUGGAGUUGGACUUUGUUGGACUCCAUCAUUGUUGAUGGAAUGAUCACUGUUUCCUAUCUUCCCUGUUUAGCGAAGCUUUUAAUGUUUGGCACACUAUUGUAUUUUACUAUUUUGUUGGAAACCGCCCAGAGUGGCUGGGGAAACCCAGCCAGAUGGGUGGGGUAUAAAUAAUAAAAUUGUUGUUGUUGUUGUUUACAAAGUGUAAGUUCUUAUUAUCUCAUCCAAGCAGGUACAGUGCUCGGCUUGUCCUUAUCUGCUUUGUUGCUUACACUUGGAAAAAAGUUGAUUGUAGAGUGUUCCUUCUCUCUCUCUCUCUCUCUCUCUCUCUCUCUCUCUCUCUUUCUCUUUUCCUCUCUUUCUCUGGCCCCAACAUCUGUAAUCCUACUGUUGCAAUCCAUCAUAAUGUCAGAGCAGAUCCUUCCUGAAAUCCAUACCUCAAAGGAACCAAUCACCAUGUAGGUUGGAAAAUAGGUUUUCGUUUUAACCCUAAACUGUAAGAGAUUUACCUUGGAAGUCAGUACUUUAAAAUGAGUGUCAGAUAUGUUGUAAAAAAAGAGGUGUGGGCACUUGAAGUUGUGGGUGAAUUCUGACUAUUUUUAAUUGGCACGCCGCUUUCAUGUGCUACAGCCCAUUUCCUCAGAUGCAUCAAGUAUUAGCUCAAGUUUCACCCUUUCAGAACUGGGUCCAGAAAUCCUUGGAAGGCAAGACCAUUAAAUUGGUUUAAGUGUAUCAAGCCUCCCUUCCUCUGGGUCUGCACAUUGCCACCUGCCCUCUCCUCCUGCACCGUCACUAGGAGAUUGGAAGUUUCAGGUUCCAUUUUAAAUGAACCACAGUUUUGUGUGUCUUUCAUGGUUGGUGAAAAUAAGCCAACUUCACAAACUGUUGUUUGAAAUUGGCCUGUUUCCUAACCAUACUUAAGCUUAACAUGACAUGUUUAAGCAAAAACAAAAGCCACAGUUUCCCAAACCCUUUGUAGCUGCACUAAAGAAAGAGGAGUAUGAAAGCCCGAUGCUUGCUGCAGUUCAUUCUUGUCAUGCUAAACUAUGGUUUAGUGUAUUAGCCAAAAUGGCUUUAGUGUACUGUUCAUCAGACGCUCUCCGUUAGCAACUAUUCAUUUUUAUCAACAGCUAAGGUUAGCUAUUGGAGAUCUAAUUUUUAACUUGCUUGUUUCUCAGACAUCCCCAUAGUACCCUACCAGGCUUACUGCAGGAACUAGAAGUAUUCCUUGAGGUCUUGUUCACUCAACUCUGAACCUAUAAAUUGUUUUUGCGAUCAUUUUCAGCUAUAAAUUGGGUAAUACAGUAAUUCCCAGGUGAUUGCAGGUUUUACUAGCUUUCCUCCAGUUAAGACUUACAGCAAUAACAACCAUCUAAAACAUUUUACCUGUAAAAUGGCACAAUACAUGAUGGGAUCUCUCAACAUUUAUGUCUUUAUCCUUUAAAGCAGUUGCAGGGUGUUCUGGAUUUGAGUGGAGCGAUGACAUUGGGGGGCCAGGAGUGUUAACCCUUUCCCCGUGCCAUUUUCCUGAUCUAAAGACCACCUCCGAAGCUGGUUUUGAAUUGUGGAGGGAAAAGUAGAGGGCUUUAAUAAUACACACAACCUCUAACUGUAUUCCUACCAAUGUUAAUAAAACUAAACACCCCUUUAGUUUUAGAAAGAGUAGCUAAGCAGUAUUACAAAAGGUAAGGGAAGCAGGCCCCUGACCCAAAGUUUAUGGGGGGAUAAUUUUCCUCCCCUGUGCCACUGCUCUUAUCAGAUGAGUGAUCCCUAGAACUACUUAAAAGUAAAAAAUGCAUUGGGAAAUAUGUUAUCCCUGGUUCCCAGAGUGAAUCCUUUCAGUGUAAUACCCUAAGCAUUUAACACAGUGUCUGGGGGUGGGGGUGGGGGUGGUUAUAAAUCUAAAAUACACCACAUUGUUAAACUGUAGAACUUCGUACCAUGCCCUCCAACUUUUAUCCAAUGAAAAUAGGGACGCUCCAUUCCAUGAUGAUAAUUUUACCCCACACAUCUUAUUGGGCAAUCUGGGCAGUUUCCAACAUAUAUAAAAACAUAAUAAAACAUUAAACAUUUACAAAAACUUCCCUAUACUGGAUUGCCUUCAGACAGGCUUGGGGGUUGGAUAACCCCGUAUCCUCCAACAUUUCUCCAAUAAAAAUAGGGACAUGCUGAGGAAAAGUGGGAGAUUCUGGGAUCAAAUCAGAAACCAGGGCAGCUUCUGUAAAUCAGGGACGUCCCUGGAAAACAGGGACACUUGGAGGGUCUGCAGUACUACAAAUGUUGUGGCAGCCUACAAAAUGUAGAACUUUCAGAGUAAAUUAGACAAACUCAUGGAUGAUAAGACCAUGUGUACUACCUCAAUAUUGGAGGUGGUUCUGAAUCCUGGUUGAUGGGGAACACAACUGGGAAGAGUUGUCUUCUUGCACUCAUGCCCUGCUUGGGGACUUCCCAUACGCAUCUCGUUGACCACUACGAGAACGGGAUGCUGAACUAGGUGGGCCUUUGGUCUGAUCCAGCAGCGUUCUUCUUAUGUUCUUAACCUGGUUAUUUGUUAGAAAGCCCCACUAUGCUCACUGAAACUUGGGAGUAUCUCACUAGCCCCCUUCAAGCUUUAUACAUGUGAAGCGGGGUUCCCUGUGAUGAGGGGGACAGUGAGGCUGUGCUACUGGCUCCAAGAGCACAAGCCUUCCCAUGGCUCCACACUCACCUAGGCAUGGAUUUCUCCAGAAGGAAAGCCUAUGCUCAUGGAUCUCUAGGCACUGUGCAGUGGAACUCUUAAUUGCACAGGGUUCCAGCCUCCAGGAAAGCCUACGCACAUGGUGAUCUCUAAGCACAUAGGCAAACACCUGCACCUAAUGUGUAGGUGUAAAAGGUGGGGGAAGCUACAUUACCUCAGUUUGCUGCCUAAUUAAUACCUUGCUGUCUACCACUGUGGAGCUUAGUUCCUAGUAAAAAUACAGAGGGACAGCCUAUUUUAAAUUGAUCACUCACUGAAAAGAUCUAAUGGCAUGUGCGUUUGCAUGAGAAACGCUUGUUUUUAGAUACAGACAUAGCCUAGCAGUGGUGCAUCUAUCCAGUUUUUCACCUUUGUCUUAUAAAAGUUAACCGAAAGUAUGCUGAUCUUCAUGAAAUGUGUAUGUGGCAUAUUACAAAGUGAGAGAGGCAACUUUCUUUUCCAUUUUAACAACUGUCAGAAUAGCAGAAGCACAGCUGAAAUGGUAUUGGAAUGGAACGAGGACUGCACAAUGCCUCGGAGAAAAAGAAGAGAUAGCGUAAAAUUAACUAUUCCAAAAAGAUUUUAUUGUGUGCAGUAAAGGACUGAAAGCUGGCAGCUUUUGCUGCACAAUCAAAUUGCAUGUGCGGUACUUACCUUUCAACUGGUAGUUAGGUACCAGAUGUUGCCCUACAACAAAGGAAUAUCAGAGACAAGCCAUACUGGAAUAAUCAGUGUGUUAAUUUUAAGCAGAGAUCACUUGCCUUUUUUCUUGUUUAAAAAGGGAAAAACUCUUACAAUGUUACAUUAAACAGACCAACUGCCGUCAACAUCACUCAUGAAUUAUUUCCCUGUAGUUCAAGAAUCUGACGCUGUCCAGAUGUGUUGAACUCCAACUCCCAUGAACCCCAGCCUGCAUGGCCAAUGGUCAGGGAUGAUGGGAGUUAUAGUCCAGUAACAGCUGGAGAGUCACUGGUUCCCCAAACCUACAGUAGUAGUGCAUUCACAGGUAGUUGAAGAGGUCUUCGCCGGCACCCCCAGGAGCCCCUCCUCCUAGCUAUCUUUUUUGUAAAUCACUUUAUUUAUUUUUUACAAUCAAGCAGUGUAUAAAUUUUAUUUAUUAAUCAAGCAAACAAACAAUUUUUUAAAAAAUCAAAGUGCUUAGGACAUGAAUAGACAAAUCUGAUGUUUACCAACAAAGUAUUUUCCAUCCCAAGCCUAUAAAUUGUUCUGCUAGCUGAGUAACUAAUUGGAUCAAGCCAUAAGGUAUACAUUUCUCAAAACUAAAUUAAUAAUCCAUGGGAAGCAAUAACAUUACCAUUAUGCCAUUAUUUAGGGUCUCUUGCCUAAACCAAUGAUAUAAAUUAUUAUAGAGAAAAUCCAGCCAAAGUUAAGCAGUCUCAAAUCCCAUUGAAAUCAAUGGGAUCAGUUAUUAACUUUGGAAAAAUCUAUUGUAUGUUAACUUUCAUUUCCAGUAAAACUUGUAUAAAUAACAGUUGCAUCAGAAGCCGCACUUUCAAUAAUUGACAAGAAGGAACGGUCUUAAGGAAUAUUCAGCUAAACAGCAACUCAGCUGCUGCCUUUGAAUUUGCAGGAUUGAAAUUGUACAUACAUACAGUAUAUAAUGUAAAUUUAGUUUACAUUAGUAAACAUAUAGUUUACAUUAGUAAACAUAUCUUAUAAGAGUUAAAAAUGCAUACAGCAAAUCAUUAAAAAGUCUUUUGAAAAUCUUAUGUUGGAUGAAUGAAUUAUGUAAAUAAUUUAAAGUAGAUCCAAUAGAACUACAUUUUUGGCAAAAUGAAUACAGUAUCUACUCACAUCUUUUCCCCACAUUGAGAUAAGGUUUCCUGUGGAAGUUAUCCCAGUGGUACAAUCCCUGAUUCCUAAAUUCCAAUUCUAGAAAAAGUCUUUCUUAAAAAAAUAUUGAAAUCAGGAAACCAGGUCAACCAUUUCAUUUCGGUCACUUGAUAUUCUAGCCUUAAUCCUAAAGUCAUUAAUAAGCCUUCAAUAAGCUCUGGAGCCAAAUGAGGAUUCCCAGGUAAGAUCCUCCCUCUAUUGUGUGGGCAGGUAAUCCCUCCCCUACCUGGCCUGAUCUCCUUGGCAACGCUUCCCCCAGGUGGGAUUGGACAACUGACUGGGGUAGGUGGAGACCUCCAGGUAUCCCACCUGAGAGAAGGCAAAACCAAGCCUAUGCUGAUGGAGCCGCUCCAGAUCCAGGGGCUGUGCGCGUCCACGCAAAGGUCGCCCCCCCAUUUUAUGCGGGGGAGUGGUCAUUCUAGAAAAAGUCUUUGUUAAAAAAAUAUUGAAAUCAGGAAACCAGGUCAACCAUUUCAUUUCAGUCACAUGAUAUUCUAGCCUCCUUCCUAAAGUCAUUAAUAAGCCUUCAUACAUUUGAGCCUAAUUAAAAUUACAUAUUGUUAUUAAGUACAUAUCAUCUCCAUGGUGAAAAGAGAAAGGACUGUAAUAAGGUUCAAAAGUCUAGCUAUCUGAAGAAUACCAAGUUUAACCUCUGAUCUGUAGGUGUCUUAUUGCCUCCACACCUCUGACAGGCUAAUGCACUAUCAACUAGCUUGCAGUAAAACAUGAUGUGUAUAUUAGAAUUUGUGUGAAGCAGCAUGAAACUGUCAUGUUCAGUUUUCUCUCUGCUUCAGAUUAAACACUUAAGUGCUUUUAUCUCCGCAGUUCACAACAAGACAUGAUGCGCAGUGCAGCUAAAGGGAAAACAAGAUGUGUUCUCUGCUCAUUAGCAGAAAAACAAAUUUAUACAUUUCAAAUUGAAGGGGAGGGGAUAUUAUAUUGCAACAGCCGAGCAUAAAACUUGACUUUUCUCAAGAGGUUGACUGUUUGGUGCCAGCUUAUUCUCAGACACAUCAGCUGCAUUUUAAUAUAACUUGUACCUAUUUCAGUGAAGCCACUCUGCAGUUCUGUCAUCCGAACCAAAUGAUGUACACUGUACCAAUUAGAAAACUCGAGUUAUGUUUGUUCAUGUAUAUUUAUCAGUUCAUGACUCCCAACACUAAGUCAUGACUCAUAGGAGGAAAACAGCCCUCAGGGUACACCUGCAUGAGAAAAUGUUACAGUAUAUGUACUAAUUUGGAAGUAUGAGAAGUCAUCACCUUGUGAAGCAAGAAUCAAGAAGGUACUGCUUGCUCCCAGUAGGUGGGUUCUUAAUAGAGUUGACUUGAGUCAAACUGCUUGGGAAAUUUUCAUGUGGGAAAACUGUGCAGUCCAUACAUUUUGCUCCAUACAGAUACACCUGAGACCAAUGAGAUAGCUGACCCUCAGGGUGCUGUGUAUGUUAACGUUCCAGGAAUACGAGUAAAAGCAUGCACAUAAUUGCAUAAAAGAGCCUUAGGUGGGCAUAGCUGGGUUUGAAUUAAUUUGGAAGCAAGUGUGGAUAAAAUUCUUCAAGCGCAUAUAGCCUCAAGCUCGUAGGCAGUUAUGUGCCUUGUUAACUUUAUCUGGCAUCAGUGAGAGUCUGGGAAUCUGAAGCUCAGGCAAUGCCUAAGAAAGUAUGAGGCACAUUUUGCAAAUGUUGCCUGUCUGCACUAAUAACCACAUUCAUUUAUUGAUAUGGAAAGGUGGUUUUAAAAAUACAGUAUUAUUUUCCCCUCCUCCUCUCAAUUUAAACAUAUUUUUCCAAAUACCUGUGAGAUUAUAUCUAGCACUAUAUAGUUCCCCCGUAGGGUCCUCAGCUUGAAAAAAAUAUAUACACAUUUGUAAGCUAGCCAGAGGCACUUAUACGUAACCCUCCGUAAUGAGGUUACGUGUGGGUGGUUGAAGUAUAAGUAUCAUAGGGAUUGGGCCUGCGGCUGUAUGUCUGACUGCUGAAUUAAGUAAAUUACUGCUGGUGGUGCAAACAGUGAAUAGCUUUCCUUUUCAGAGUCACUAAUUUAAUAUUCUCAUCACCCUCUAAAGUGAUUUAUUAACUAUAAAGCUAUAAUCUGCAUACUCUUUAAAGCACAUCCAUAUGCUUGCUUAUAAGCAGCGCUGUCAGUAUGUGGAAGAGAGGAUAAUGUUUCAUUAAAACCUCAAAUCCGACCACACUUAACCGAGACCUUCUUCCCCUUUUUCUCCUCCAACCUCUAUCAACUAUGGGCUCAUCCACACUCGUGCUUGCCCCGUACCUAGAAAACCUAGAGGUUUUCCAUUUGCCACAUCACAUUCCCUGGCAAAACCCCCUGUUUACCGCUGAAUCAGGAAAAACGGUUGACUUCUGUUCCUCUACACCAGAGGUGUAUCCUCCAGAUGCUGGCAUCCUCCAGAUGCUUUAGACUGCCACUCUGAUCAUGCCCAACCAGCAUAGCCAAUGGUCAAGGAUAAUGGGUUUUUUAGUCCCAAGCAUUUGAAGGGCAGUAUUUUGGCUGCCCCUGCCCAACAUCAACCUCCCUCCUGUUGUGGCCAACUCAGGUUUGUUUUUUGUCUUUUAAGGGACAUGGGCUGUGAACAUACUAGCUGUCAUGCCACUCACCAUUUUUAUUUCUUCAAAAGCAGCUAGGAUUGGAAGAGAACCACACGAGGCUUGUUGCUCCAGAAAGUGCUUACAUAAUUUAUUAGCAUACACAAAAAAUUCACUUAUAUUGGAUGCCAAUAAAGUUUGUAACAAAGGAAGGUGCUUUGAAAAUAUUGAGAACCAGAAAAACCUAUGAUCAACAGAAGAAAAGCAAGAGAAGCUUUAUUUUGACCUAUGCACAUCUACUGUAUAUUUUGGAAAGUUGUUUGUCUGUUUGCUGUGCAUUUGGACACCUUUUAAGAAAUCACAACCAAAUUUGGCAUUAUGGUUCUUGAGAUCAAGGAGCAGGUUUUUGUCUAUGUUCAGAUUUACUUGGACACCAUUUUGAAUCAAGACUGAACCUUUCGAAACUGUGGUGAUUUAAAACUCUGAUUUCAAAACAACAUUGAUUUUUUGGGUAAUUCCCAAGCAAUGCUGGCGAUGAGGCUGCUGGUAAUUUAUAUAGAACAAAUAGCAAACUCAAAGAGUCCCUUCUUCAGUUGUUGGCAGUUUAAGUGGACAAAAGUAAAGACUAUUCUUCAUGUCUCUAAACUAAGGUCUCUGUGUAAACUACCAACAGUUGAAGAGAAAUGUGAAGACCCUGGCAUAUUUGUUAUAAACACCCUGUGUUAAUUAGUUUGUUUUUUAAGUAUCAUUAUCUGCUUUGCCCACCCAGAGAUCAAGGAGGUCACUUUAAUUGACUCGCUUCUUAUGUUAACUACAGGCCUGAGCUAGCAAAGCAUUCAGCAUUCCAGAAACACGGGCUAAUUCUCAAGUGCAUUGCAACUUCUGCAAGUGUUUGUCACUGUGUAGACUAAACGGUGUCAAUUUAUGUUCAAUAUGCACAGACACAAGAUGUGAGGCAGUGGAGAAUCUGGCAUGAGGAAUUAAAUAAUCUCAAGUCUUGACACUAGGCUUUCAAAGGGUGCAAAUAAUUUGUGGUUGAUGAGCUCUAGUAUUUCAAACAUCAGACCUUUUAAAAUAAGAUCUUAAGAGGGAUCUUGAAUAGCCAAGAAGGGAGGAAAUGUAGCAUUUUACUUUUACUACAAAAUAUAUUAAGACUGAGUGAGAACAUGUGACCGUAUAUAUACUGUUGGACUCCAAACUUCCAUCAACUCUAGCCAGUAUAGCCAAUGGUAAAGGGUAUGGGAAUUGCAGUCCAGAAAAUCAUCAGGAAGGCCACAGUUUUCUAUUUCUGUAUUAAUCCAUCUGAAGCAGGCACAUACCCAAUAUAAUUAAGAUUUUUGUAGGUCACCAAUCACUUCCAAUAUCUGUUCCCUAUCUGACAAUAUCCUUUGAGCUACAGUGCUUCAGAAUCAGGUUUUUAUCUGUUUACACAUCUCCAAGCUAUUUCCUUUAUACAAUAGCUCUUAAGUUUUGGUGUUUCUUUGUUAAUACUUUAUUAUUGGAUAGGGAGAGAUGAUCUCUCCUCCCCCCCCCCCCCCGGUUUCCAGAAUUAAUAAGAACAACAAGAAGCAAAUAUUCACAGCUCUUCAUGCUUUUUAACAACUCUAACGGGAGAGUUCACAUUUCUUCAGGUGAUGGUAUGAAUUAUUCAAGACAUUGACAUAAAAAGGUGAUACUGAUUUGUGAUAGGUAUGUAAGCUAUAGUUUAAGUCUGCAUCUACAUUUUUAUUGUUAUCCUUGGUGCAUCUUACUAAUGUUUCUUUUUGAAAGAAAGAAUACUUAGGGUUUCAUUUCAGUAUUCCUUAACAGGGAUAAAGUGCUACGGGUUGUUCCUGAGAAUGAGAAAGCAGCAAAGACACUGAAGAUCCUUUCUCAACAACUUGAGGUGAGUUUGGGGGCCUAGGAUUGCUGUGGACUGAGGGACAGAAUGAGCAGAGUGUUUCAUCAGAGGUUUUUAAAUAUGUUCUGAAGGAUCAUUGACACACAUAUCUCUGUCUCAAUCUCUGUCUAUCUAUCUAUCAUCUAUCUAUUCAUUCCAGCUUGUGGUCUGAAGGCUCUUGUGGCCACCAAGUUGCUGAAGCUAAGUCCUUCUGGGUCUGUUAAGAGCUUAGAUGGCAGCUACAGGCUUUCUGGGAGCCAUAUGCACAUUACACUGCAUUCAAAGAGGCAGUAUAUAAAUGUAAGAACAUGAAUGAAUGCUUAGGGAGGCUAGAAGAACUGAAGGGUGGUAGUGGUUGUUGUUGUUGUGGAGAAAUGGAGAAAAACAUGAGACAGAUGGGCUGACAAAGAAAGUGAGGGUGAGACCAGAACAAAGCAAUCCUGCGAACCCUUCCCACUUUUGUCUCUGGCCCCACCUACUGCCACUAACUGAUUAUCCCCAAAGGAAACUGCUUUGAGGUUGUUGUUUUUACAAUCAAGUGGUAUAUAAAUUAUAAAUAAAUACAGGACUGCAGCUUGAUUGAUAGGAAUCCAUAGCAUAAGAAGGUACUUCAUACAAGAUCAGACUAUUCGUCCAUUUAGCUCAGAACUGUGGCAGGAACUUCCAAAUUGCUUGCCUGGUUGUUUUAAAUGAAGAUACCAGGGAUGGAUUCUGGAACCACCUGUUUGCAGAACAUGCACUGUAUGGCUAAGCGGUGGUCCUUCCCCACAGAGUUUGUUCUGUGCUUAGUUACAAGCCAUUUGCAAAAGACAGGGCGAGAGGCGUCAUGAAAACAUUUUUCUAUACCAUAUGAACCCUGUCUGAUUCCCAUACUUUGACACCGUUUAUAUAGUUCUGUAUUAAGCAUGCCUCUAAUAUUAUUGUAAUCCUUUUUAAGCAACAAACAUUUUUACUUUUAUGAGCAGUAGCUGUGUACAGUCAUGAACAAUUUCCUCCAAAGCACCUUUGCAAUGCUUUUCUAGCAGAACAUCACUUAUAAUUAGGAGACUAUUGUCUCCAUGUGUGUAACUUAGGGAAAAAUAGAGUCUUAUCAGCACAGCAAGAAAUAAAGAACAAAAGUAAGAGAUGAUGAUCAAUUGUUAUCAUAUGAGGAAUUCUUGAGUAUCUGUAUUCUUAAAUCUUUUCUGUAUUUUUAAAUACAGGCAUGCCUGAUACGAGAUAGAAAAUGAUAGAUAGAUAGAUGAUAGAUAGAUAGAUAGAUAGAUAGAUAGAUAGAUAGAUAGAUGAUAGAUAGAUAGCCAGCCUUCAGGCAUGACCUCCUCAAUAGGGAUAUCAAAUAGGGUGGCCACUUAUACAUUGCCAAAAUAGAGGAGAUGUUUCACCAUAAAGAGGAGGAGAUAAUAUACACAUACACAAUCAUCUUACCAUCAUGGGGAAGACUGUGAUCAAGUGACCUGUGUGGUUGCUCAGUUUAUGGACCAGGUGCUGACCAUUGAUGGACAAACCCAAGAUCCCUCCUGAUCUCCCUUAUUAUGGCUCUUUAUCUUUAAACUAGGACCUGCAAACAUUCCAAUAGAGAACUACCCCCUGACAGUCCUUCAAACCAAGGAUUGUCCUCUUCAAAGUGGGACACAUAGCCAUGCUAUGAACCAGCCAGUUGCUAUCUGAUAGCGGGCAGGAUAACAUCGCUUCCACCAUUCCCAAACACCAUGCAAAACAGCCACAUAUUUCUGCCUCUACAAAUCUAUCAGCGCAACAAAGGUUGAUAAGCUGAAGAGUGAAAGAGCCAAAGGAUAGCAAUAACAUACAAAUUGCUUUAAUUUUAUGAUUACCUUCAAGGUAAACUUGAGACCUUAGAAUGCAGACAUGUUUUAAGAAGCACAUACUGAGUGCUUCUGGCUUAUGUUGUAAAUCUAAGUCACCUAUCACAUUACCAACAUUCUUCCUUCCUCAAGGGAAAAAGCAAAUAAAUUUGAAACCAGUGUAAUAAAGUGGAGAAUCUAUCCAAGAAGGAACUUGUUUAUACCUAAAGAAAUGCAAGCCCACAAAAGGUUUAUUCUAAUUGGUUCGUUCUCAGUUUACCCUUGGCAUUUUUGUGUUUUCCACCAAGUGAACACACUGUACUUAGGCAAAUUUGUAAAGCUACUAUUCUUUGACAAAUUUAUGUAUUCUGUGCGAUGCCUCGUUCAAAUCUCUGCAACCAUGUUUUCCCCCAGGAGAAAAAUGGGGGAGGGGAGUGUGGGGCAAUAUAAGUUCUCAGCUUCUGUUUACUCAUGCUGUGGUUUAGGGACAGGUCAACGAUUCAGUUCCCAACAUCUAGGACUGGGCCGCCCAUGAAGCGGACUGAAGUAGCCACUUUAGGGGCCGGCACCUCCCCAUUUUGCCUCAGGUGGCAAAACGGGAUGGGCUGCCCCUGCCAACAUUUCAAGUCAGGGCUGAGAGAGCCCCCUGUCUAAAACCCUGGAGAGCCAUUGUCAGUCAGUGUUGACAAUAGUGAGCUACAUGGUGUGACUGUGUAUAAUACACCUUCCUAUGUUCCUAUCUCCCCACACUUGUUGUAGGAAUUCAGCCUCACCACAUGGUGGCUAUUGCAAAUGGAAAAUUCUUUCAGCCUGACAUAGCUAGUGGUACUAAGGUUUGCCCAGUAAAAUCUUGGAAGAUUUCCACUGCCAUUAUUCCAUGUGUCUUUUCUCAUUGGGCCUCUUAUUAAAAACCUACUUGGGGAAGAAGAUACUCUAAUCUUGCCCCUCAGAGAGAUGUUCUUUUCCCUCUCUUAUGUUUUCAACUGGUCUUGGGCUGCAAUGCCAGGCCACCUUACCUGGAAGUAAGACUCACUGAACUUUGGUUCUGAGCAGUGCACCCUAGGAUUGUACAAUUAGUUUCAUUGUCUGGGUUUCAGACUUUAGGACUUACGCCUUAAAUACCCCUUGCUUUAAAACAAACAAACAAACAAACAAACAUUUUGCACUAUCUUUGCCCAAAGAGCUGUCAUCCAGAGCUUUUGCAUGACACUUUUCCAAGGGAUGUGUUGCUGUAACUCCAAAUGCUUUCUAAUUAUUGACAGAUUCCUUUCCUUCGGUUGACCUGUUAGAAGAGUAAACUCUGAAAGCAACAUCUACUGGCUACAUCAUCUGAUAUAAUAUUAAGAGACUACGCAGUAUUUUGAAGAAUUACUGUGUAGGAAAUCGGAUGCAGAGAAUACAUUUAAUCACUGGUUGAAUUAUGGUAGCCGUGUGGCAGACGAGAGUACUUGUUUUAGGGUUUUUUUUAAGGUUUUCAUUUUCAGACACCAAAUCACUAAAGCAGCAUGCACAUAUCCUCUGACAUGAUUUUUGCAAGGAUGUAUAUCAAACAGUUAUAGACUAUAAAUCUGCUUAAAUGUACAGAAAAACACGUGGGCUGAAAAUUAAGUUGAAGAAAUUGUGCCUUAUACACAUUACUCAUUUCAGCAUAGGUUUUUUUUUGGCUAUUUCAGGAUCAAUGUUUAAUAUUAAAUCUGCUUUUCUCAGGCUGUAGUAAGUACCUACACAUGAGCAUGAUCUCUGACAUGUUAUUAGAGUGCAUAAGAAGAAGAUGACCUUUUAUAUAUUAAAUUCAUGGAUGUUCUCAAUCUAGACUGAAUAAAUAUGAAUUACAGGUUGGUUCCUGCACUACAGGUAGACCUGUGGCAGCCUGGCAGCAUCUCCUACAUCUCAAAGGGUGCAGUUACAGACAUACGUGUAUCAAGGAACAAUUCGCAAAUUCUUCUGCCUUACCUACAACAAGCAAACAUCCAAUAUACGUAAGCAUGGAUUUCAGUUCCUCUAAGGCCACCUGAUGCAUUCUGCCAUGGUUUAGGUCUGUUACAUCUAUUUUAUUUAGAAAUAUGCUCCAUUUAAUAUUGUGCCUUUUUAAUUACAAUGGCUGGAGAGUACAACAGACUUCCUACAAAACUGUUAUUUGAAUGGAAGCAUGCAGGAACUCUCUUGGGUAGACAGUUUAAUUAAAGAGUCCCCUUUAGAAUGAAAACCAGUGUCUCUUCAGUGCUCCCAUGCCUGGUUUAUUUGUUAUAUAAAUGGUAAUUAUUGCCACUGGUUCCACAGUCUGCUUAAUUUGCACUUGAAUGUUAAGUAGAAGUAUGCUGAGUAGUUGCAAGCGCACACAUGCUUUUAAAUUAUAUGCUAGGGAUACACUAGUCAAUUUCCUGUCACCAAAAAGGCCCGUGUGGAGCACAGAUUCAUUAUUAUUGUUAAUUCCUCUGCUUUCAGUAGGAAUUGCACUUAUCAUUCCACAUUGUCAUGUUUUUAAACUCCCAGCAGCAUUUGUCAGAGUUCUGUCCCUCUCAAUAGGAGCCGAUAAUUCUAAGACCAGGAUUUGUAUGUCAGGAAGAUGGAGAAAUUAGCUAAAUAACCUUUAUUCAGGAUUUUUAUAGUGGAGGUGUAUUGGGAGUGUGUAUUGAGAUGCCAUAAUGCUGUGGCGUUGUUUUCUUUUUUAAAAUGGCAGAUUGAUUUAACUAGAUCAUAGUAUGUGACACUGUUGACAUGUUUCUACUUGAGCCUUGUCUUUGCCAUGUUAGGAAAAGACUCUUAAUUCUAAAGUUAAUGGAAGUAGCACACGCUAAUGUAAUUGGCGCAAAGUAUUCUUAAUGGAGACAUCGCACAAACUUUGAACUUAGACUCCUGGAAGAUAUUGCUUGUUCAUUUGGUUUUGUGUUGCUAUUAGCUUUAACAGAUGUUGCUAUUACAUGUUCCAACUUUUCUGUAUGGCUCUGGGGGCUAAAACAUAUCUUUAAAAAACAACAACACAAGAAGUGAAGCUAGCAAGGUGCUUCUUAGAGUUUCCUUUGAGCUAUCAAAUAUUCAAGGGAGGAUGUACGGAAUGAUUUAGUUAACAAGCUAAUUAAAUUUCUAUCCCACCCAUCCUCCGAAAGGGAACCUGGGACAGCAAGAUAGCAAACACAUAACAAAUUUUGUGGGCUUGAAUAUAAGCAUUCUUUAUUUAUUCACAAUACUUCUGUAAUGCACCCAUGGAGCAAGCAGCUUACAACAGCAGUAUAAUAUCACUAUAAAAAAAUAAAAAACAAACUGGAGAAUAAAGUUGAUAUACCAAAACAAAACAAAACACAAACCCACCUCUCAGAAACACCAAUAAAUAAAUUAAAUAGGCUUUUAAAAAUUAAGGGUGGAAUUCAGUGUUGUGAUACUACAAAUGUUCUGUGUGCACAAGCAUAUCAGAACAAUCUUCCCUCUCCUCAUACACCUUAUGGGAGUUCUCCCGGCCGGUUUGGGGGUGCAGGAGGCCCAUGAUGAGAGGAGAGGGGGCAAAGCCCUCUUGCACAAGUCCUCGGCCAUUGCCCAUGGGAAAGCUGACAAGGUUUAGGCAAAGCUGAGUAGAGAAGCUAAUGCAACAAAUGGCUGAGCCCAGAUCCACUUGCAUUUUAAGGUUCAAAGAUUAACAUAUUCCAGAUUGUAGAAAGAGAUUAAUCUUCUUUCAGUUUCACAGUAACCCUUCUUUUCUGUCUGAAUGUAAUCAGGAUCUAGCAAAAAUGUGGAAGAUACUAAGUUUUUCAUUUAAACUUCAAUACUGGCUAAUUAGUUUACAUCAUGCUCUGUGAUUCCCUUAAAAAAAAAACUUCUCGGCUUUUUUCAAAGUACUGUUAUAUUUCAAAACAACUAGCUUGUUUGACAGCACAUUACAGUAUACCAGAAUUCUAUCACAACCAAUUUAGGCAGGCUUAUGACAGUGACACAAAUAGUUCCUCGACGUGUUUCAAUCUAUGUUACUUCAGCUUACCGUAACAGUGUUAUUUUCCUGCGUUUUUCUAUGCCCUUUCUUGCUUGGUCUGCAUUUAUUCAUUUUGCUUUCUUUUGACACAGCGUCCUCAUAUCUGAUCUGCAAAAAGCAGUAGAAAGGCAUAGUGGUUUGGGGUCAUCCAGGAAUCGUAGAUCAUUACCAGGAUACAGCUAUGAAAUAUAUCAUUCACUGGAGGAAGUAGGUAACAUUAAAAUGGUAUCCCAUGUAUUUGCAAGUGCAUGUCCUGGGGGAAUUAGCAAACUUGUGUUAUUUCUAGAACCUUUUAAAUAACCUUUAAAAAUAUGCAAACUAGGAAACUCUAUAAUAUGCAUUGAAAACACUUUAAGGGAUUCCUAGCCUUUGCAAUAUUGUGCUGGUUUUUCAUUUUCAUAUAUGAUAAGUUUACCAGAUAGUUUUUUCAUUGAAUCCGGGGACACUUUUCAACUUCAAUGGAUUUUGUAUGGGGGCUGAUUUGUAAAUCCGGGGACUGUUCCUGGGAAAUGGGGACGUCAAGUAACUUUAAUAUAUGAUAAGGAAAAUGAUUCAAAUUAAAAAGAUGCAUCUUGUCUCUUUUUAUUUUUGCUUUUUCAGAUUCAGAGUUGGAUGUAUCACCUGAACAAAACUCAUUCAGAUCUUGUCCACAUGUUCUGUGUUGGCAAGUCAUAUGAAGGAAGACCACUUUUUGUGCUAAAGGUAAAAUAAAAUUGAUAAAAUGUUUGUGAAGUUAUUGGCAUAUAAUGCUGUAGGGACACCCCAAUCUUUGAGUGGUGCAAAAUUGCAGUGCUUUCAUGUGCUAACCCAGAGUUCGGUUUCCUUGGAAUGAGUGAUGGCGGAGACUGUAGUGUCUUUAUGAUAUAUGGUUUAUUUGCACAUGCAUAUAUACAACCGAAGUACAAAAAGGGUUCCUCCUGAGAGGUUCAGGAUUGAAAAUGUGCGGGUGUAAUUGAGUCCCUGUUGAAUCCAGGAACUCAAAUACCUAUUGAAUCAGGCAUACAGCCUACCCAACCCACUAAACUCACAACAAUAAACAUGAAUGGCCAAGGAAAUUCUACCUAGGAACAUAGGAACAUCUUUUGAAAGUGUUCAGAAGGAGGGGAAAACAUACCAUCAAAUUUUAUUUUGUAAGAUAGUAGAGCCAGGAGCCAAAGAAUUGUUAAACUAUUUCCAUGAGUCCAGUAGGAGAUUUAAGCUUGUUUCUCCUCUUGCUGCUUCCCCCUGCGCUGCAAAGUUAAGUUCUUUUGGAACUAUCAAAAGCAGUUUAUGGUGCUCAGCUGUUUAAAGAAAAAGGAAAAAAGGAAACAAUUCCACACAAGGGUUUGACACAAGUAGUAGUUUGGACGCUGGCCUGUGUUUUUUGGUUUUGUUUUCUCCUCACUUUUGCACAUUUACUAUUGCAGCUAGGCAAAAGAUCACGCCUUUACAAGAAAGCUGUCUGGAUAGACUGUGGAAUCCAUGCAAGAGAAUGGAUUGGACCAGCAUUUUGCCAGUGGUUUGUGAAAGAAGUAAGGAUCAAUUCCCCUGUUGUAUUUUGGAAUUAGGAAAUUGUAAGUCCGGCGCAUUCAGUUUGCUGCCUUUGUAUCUGGAACUUAUUUGUAAUGGUUAACUAGGGUGAAGGUAGCCGCAUCUGUCAGAAGCAAGCUGAGGCUAGGGUGCUCUCAAACCUUAACCUUUGACAAUAUUGCUAGCACCCAUAAUGCAGCUUAAUCUGCUAUCAGCCGUUUCCUGCAUAGAUAAGGAUGAAGCGCCCUGGUACAUCCCAGUGAAUAUUGUGACUGCCAUUGUGACUAGCUGAUUUCUUGACUUAGGACCUGACUCAUUUAUGUUCAGAGAAUCUGACAAGAUCAACACAAGUCAGGAAGAAAAUCUGCUGUUUGUCUGAACGGCAGCCUGGACAGUUGUCAUGAGCUUUCACCAUGCAGCCAACAGCGUGAACUUGUUCUUCCUUAGUCUGUGGAUAAGUCUGAUUUGGGCACUACAUGAAAUGUAGAGAUUUCAGCAGCAUCUGCCACUUUUGUUUGAAGCAUAUUCUGAUUUAUUUAAACUUGGUGUCGGGGAUAGAUGAAUGUCUGAGCGGGGACAUGAAGUGCAGCAUCCAACAUGUUUGCUCUUAUUUUUCUAAUUGUAAAUUUAAUUUAAUUUAAAUAAUCUCCGUGACCCUACAACAAGAAACAUACAACAAUACUGCAGGCAAAUAAUGAGAGGUUGCAGUCUAUCAGUAAUAUAUACAAGCACUGAUUAAGAAUACCAGAUGGAGGACUGUUGUAUCAGGGCUCUCUGUUAUUGUCUUUCUUGUUACCAUUAAGUAAUGAAAUCAUACCAGACUGGCAUACAUUUAUUUGAUUUGGUUUGACCUUUAGCCUGCUUCAGUUUAUAAGGUUUUCCAUUGUUUUACCUUGUUUUAGUCUUGUAUUAUUAUAUUGUUUCAACCUAUUCUGAGACUUUAUGGUAAAGGAUGGGUAAGAAAUCCAAUAAAUAACUCCCUACACCACCAUCAAAUGGUUCCCAUUCACAGAAUGAGAGUUGUGUUCAUGGAAGGGGUCCAACCAUGAGUGCAAUUAUUCUGUGAACAGAGGCGCUUUCCAAUGACAUCACCAUAUCCAGAAAUUUUAUUUCUCUAAGCUGCACUAGAAAACCAUUCUGCACUGGAUCCAGAUUUUGCCUUCCAUGGACAGAAAGACUCUUUCUGACCACAGAAGGCAUUUGAUCCAGAAGAGAGAUCCCUCCAGCAGAGGUUUGGGGGUGUACAAGUUUUGCAGAUUCCCCUGCCAGUGGGGAGUAUAAAAAUGUACAGUGGUACCUCGGGUUACAUACGCUUCAGGUUACAGACUCCGCUAGCCCAAAAAUAUUACCUCGGGUUAAGAACUUUGCUUCAGGAUGAGAACAGAAAUUGUGCUCCGGCGGCGCAGCAGCAGCGGGGGAGGCCCAUUAGCUAAAGUGGUGCUUCAGGUUAAGAACAGUUUCAGGUUAAGAACGGACCUCCGGAACGAAUUAAGUACUUAACCCAAGGUACCACUGUAUUUGGGGAAUAUUUGGUGGGUAGUUUUUGCUCGGUGGUAAAUCUAACACAAGGUACUGUUUUAAAUGCAGUUUGCCAGUUACCCUUGAAGGGAGUAAAGACAUAGCCUAGCUCACUUACUUGGGUCACCUGGAGCUAUUUGCUUUCUUGCCAUCUUGGUUCAGUGCACUCUUUUUGCUCGUGCUGUGUACUGCACACACAGGGGCGUAGGACGGGGGUGUGGGCCACCCGGGUGUCAUCCUUGAGGGGGGUGACAGAAUGGCACACAGCGGGGUUUGGCACUUACCGCGGGGCCUGGCUUGCAGUGCGCAUGAGCCACGUGUCUCUCCUGGGAGUGAAGUGGUGGCUCGGGGCCCCACGCUGCCCGAAACAGCAGCAUGGGGCUUGCUUGCGUCUGCCCGGCGGACUCUGUGGGCAGCUCGCUGCGCCAUCCCCUGGGCAGAUUGCCGCGGCGCUCCUGUGGGUGGCUAACCCCACCCCUGCCGCUCCUGGUGCCAGAGCAGCUAGCUACACCCCUGCACACAGUGAUGUAGCUCUUACAUGUUGCUCUCUAUGCACUGAUAUGUGGCGAAUUUUCCAGUCCUUUUGAGAUGUAUGUGAUGGUUGGACAGCUGAACUAGGGUUAGGAAGACCAUGGUUCAAAUUUCUACUCAGCUAUAAAGGGAAAGGGACCCCUGACCAUUAGGUCCAGUCGUGACCGACUCUGGGGUUGCGACGCUCAUCUCGCUUUAUUGGCCGAGGAAGCCGGCAUACAGCUUCCGGGUCAUGUGGCCAGCAUGACUAAGCCGCUUCUGGCGAACCAGAGCAGCGCACGGAAACGCCGUUUACCUUCCUGCCGGAGUGGUACCUAUUUAUCUACUUGCACUUCGACAUUUCUAACUGCUAGGUUGGCAGGAGCAGGGACCGAGCAACGGGAGCUCACCCAUCGCGGGGAUUCGAACUGCCGACCUUCUGAUCAGCAAGUCCUAGGCUCUGGUUUAACCCACAGUGCCACCCACAUCCCCUCUACUCAGCUAUAAUGCUCACCAAAUGGCCAUGGCUCAGUCAUUGUCUUGCAGCUUAACCUUAUCUCACAGGGUUAUUGACAGGAUAAAAUGGUUUGGGAUAGGGAGCCUUGCACACCUUCUCACUUCCUUGAAGAAAGGGAGGAGAUAAAACUGUAAUAAAUAUGAAAUAUGUUCAGCAAUGAUUAGCUUGCUAAGCAUUCAUUUAAAAGAUAGGGUGCACUACCUGCUGUUGCCACAGUGAGGCAUGCCAUACAUGCUUUUGCAAAUAACUAUGGCAGUUUCCAAAUCUUUGCCAUGACAUUGUGUGUUCAUCUACUUCAAAACAAUACAAGGAAUACAGGAGGAGAAUAAAUAUAGCAUAACUGGAAGGUGUACAGCAAGAGUGGCUAACCUUUGGCCCUCCGGCUGUUAUGGGACUACAACUCCCAUCACCCAUCACAUUCUCAGAGUAGUUCAAGUGCCGAUCUCUCUUCCCAGGGAGUUCUGGGAACUGUUGUUCUGUGAGGGGAAUAGGGGGUCUUCUAACAACUCUCAGCACCCUUAACAUACUACAGCUCCCAGAAUUCUUGGGGGAAGCCAUGACUGCUAAAGUGCUACCAUAGAGCUUUAUAUGUAUGGUGGGAAUGUGGCCUAAAUCUAGGGUCAAAUGUUAUCUAGCUGCACCACUGUGCUGGAGAUGUCAUUUGAACGCUGUUUCUGGCAGCUAAAAGCUAUAUUGCAUUUUAUAAAAAUUGUCCUCCUCGGCAUUUCCUUUGGAUGAGCCAAGUUGCUGUGUCAGUCUCUCAGAGUGCAAUAUUCCAUAAUUUCCAGUACCACAAAUAUACCAAUAUCUCUAACCUUGCUGCAGAAAGUACAAACCUAAUCAGUUCCCUUAUGUAACAAGUGAUGCUAUGGGCUUUUUACGAUUAAAACAGUUUUGUUUUUUUAAAUUCAGUUAUAUAUUGUUUUCAGUUUCACAUGCAAUCAUUAUGGGACAUGGCAACUGAAUUUAAUUCUGAAUGAAAAACAUUCAUGGACAUAAAUGAAGUUUUAUAAACCUGAUUUUGGGGGGUGAGGGGGAGAUGGGCUUCACAGUAGAAGCUCCUGCACGAAGGAAUUUUCAAACAACCAUCACCAGACUGCUGUGAAAUUAUUAAUCAGUGGGGCAUAGACAUCCCAGAAUCCAUUAAGUUUUAAUGCUCUUCCAUGUAUUUUACUUGCAAAUAUGAAUUGUUGCGAGGCAAAUAUACUUCUGUAUGCCAUAAUGAAUCAGUUCAGCAUCCAUGGAUCAUAGUAGUGCUCAGACCCUGUAGACUGCAGUAGUAGACCUAGUUAUCUGCAGAUUGUUAGCUGUGCUCUUAAAUCUCUAUCUACUUACUAUUUUAUUUGUUGACCUAGGCCUGACUCAGGCUGGAGUGGGAGCUGCUUCCAGGUCAUCUGGUUCCAUGUUGCCCAAUAAUAUCUGAAGACAGGAACUAGAUUAAUGGCACUGGAAUGGUGGUUUUUUUUACGCCAUUCCAGAAUAGUGGAACUUUGGCAACAAAGAAGUAGAGUUUCUUUUUAAUGGCAUUAUCCUAGUUUGUGGAUGCCUGUCUUAGUAGAACUUUGCUUGAGCACCAAAAUCUAUCUGAGCUCUAGCAUGCCUUAUGUUUCUAGUCCUGCUCUGCAGUUCUGAUUAUUACUUCGUGUGUCCCGUCCCCCCCGAAGCUGAUUGAUAUAUAUAUAUAUAUAGAGAUAUAUAUAGAUAUAUAUAUAUAUACACACACAUAUAUAUAUAUAUGAAUGAAGGGUUCAGGAUGGUUCCUAUGGGUUUUUGAUUACAAACAUUACUUUGAUUAUUCUUUUGCCCAUUCAUAGGCUCUCCAGACCUAUCAAAGUGACCCAGCCAUGAGAAGAAUGUUAAAUCAACUGUAUUUCUACAUCAUGCCUAUUUUUAAUGUGGAUGGAUACCAUUUUAGCUGGACCCAGGUAAGUCAUGUUUCCAGCAUUAAGGUAUUAGUAGAGUUAGAAUUCAGUAUAUAUUUUUACUGAUAUCCUCCUUGUAGAGCAGCAGUAAAACUGCUAGCACAUUGUAGGAUCUGGAAUGGUUUAAAAUUGAAUGGGGGACUGCAUGUUGAGAUUUCUGCAUCGCAGGGGGUUGUACUAGAUGACCCCUAGGGAUCCCUUCCAACUCUACAAUUCUGUGAUUCUACGAAUGCAGUCAAGGACAGGUAAUUUGCAACAUGCUUGCAUUUAACUCGUGCACAUUCAGCUUUAUGUACUUGGCCAAAGUAAAAAAUAAGGAAGAUAGCGGACAUCCAGGAACAAGGACUUUGGCAAUCCCACCCACCAUUGAACCUAAUGUGUUUUGACUAUACACAGUUCUGGCUUUACGGACUAUCCCUGGAACUUAACCCCAGCAUAAGUUAAGAGCCGCCUGUGUUUCAAAAUAUGUGUUUGGGGAGGGAGUUCAUGAAGUAUCUUUACAAGAAUUUGUUAAUAUGCACAUGAUGCUUUUUUUACCAAUAUAUAUGUUGUCUUUCCAUGUUCUAAACAAUUAUGGAUAGGAUCGAUUUUGGAGAAAAACAAGAUCAAAGAAUUCAAGAUUCCGUUGCCAUGGCGUAGAUGCCAAUCGUAAUUGGAAGGUGAAAUGGUGUGGUAAGUCUAGAAUUAGCCUGUAUUUGAAUUAGCAAGCUAUGGAGCAAUUUUAUUAUCUAGGAUAUUAAAGUGCACUGCAAAUUUUUAUUGGAUAUGGUCCAGGUUGCGAAGCAAAUCAAACCAUGGUUAACAGUUUCACUAUAAACACAGAGAUCAAUCACACUUCACUCCUCACCUGGUGCAAGCAGAAAGAAAGAAGCAACAAUCCCUGGCCUAGAAUUAUAUCCAUGCUUAAAUGCAAGUCCCACUGGGGCAGCUCAGUCAGCCCCGCUCUUUCCCCCCCGUAUUCCAUUGGCAGUGUGCGUAUAUGGCGGGUGUGGGAAGGGGCACUGAUGCAGGAUAGAAUGUCCCUAUUUUUAUUUGAGGAAUGUUGGGGGAUAUGCCAUCGGACUUUGCAGUUUAGCGCUGUAGGCCUCAAUAUGGGACUAGAUGUAGGCAUAAUAACCCACUAGAGAACUACAAAGUUUUGUGGGUUUCAAAUAAUUGAUGUGACCAGUGCUUUUUUCCCUAAAAAAAUGUUUAGGGGUACUCUCAUUUUCCUGUUGUCGUGUCCGACUCUUCGUGACCCCAUGGACCAGAGCACGCCAGGCACUUCUGUCUUCCACUGCCUCCCACAGUUUAGUCAAACUCAUGCUGGUAGCUUCGAGAACACUAUCCAACCAUCUUGUCCUCUGUCGUCCCCUUCUCCUUGGGCCCUCCAUCUUUCCCAACAUCAAGGUCUUUUCCAGGGAGUCUUCUCUUCUCAUGAGGUGGCCAAAGUAUUGGAGUCUCAGCUUCAGGAUCUGUCCUUCCAGUGAGCACUCAGGGCUGAUUUCCUUAAGAAUGGAUAGGUUUGAUCUUCUUGCAGUCCAUGGGACUCUCAAGAGUCUCCUCCAGCACCAUAAUUCAAAAGCAUCAAUUCUUCAGCGAUCAGCCUUCUUUAUGGUCCAGCUCUCACUUCCAUACAUCACUACUGGGAAAACUCAUUUUCCUACUCAUAUUGAAAUACUGCCCCUCAAUGAGGCCAAACUUAGAUUCACAAAAUGUUUAGGGGUAUGCAUACGCCUGCGUCCCCCCAGAAAAAAAGCAUGGUAUGUGACUAAUCAGCAGCCUGUGUAUGCAAUUAAUAAAAAUUUUAAUAAAAUUUAUUACCUUACCAUUUGUAUAGCGCUUUCAAGUGUUCAAAGUGGUUAACGUUUAUUAUUUAGCUGUAAUACAUACAACAUCCCUGUAAAGUCAAGUCACUAUUGCUAUUACCUUCCAUAUUGCAGAUGGGAAGGUUGAAGCCAAGAGCUAGAGUAGAUUGCCAAUGGCUACCUGCUGUGUUCAAAACGAGAGAUGAGAUUCAAAGCAGGAACUUCCUGAUUCACAGCUUCACAUCUUAGGCCCAUUCUAAUUAAUUUAUACUUAAUUAGUUCAUAUUAUAGCCUAAAGAAGCUGAGAGUCUGCCUCACGGUUGCCUAGUGAAUCUAUGCCAGUGCCUCUGGUCUCCUUCAUUCCUUUAAUCCCCUGUUGCACAACAAAACAGAAGAGAAUGAAGUGAGUAAAUUCUUUAAUUCUGAAACUCAGUUGCCUUUUUUUGAAGACAUGAAGAACAGAUUUGCAUCUGGUUGGCUCUCUUAUCUAUAUAUUGCUUGUUAUUACAUCAAAUGUGUUCAACCCAGGCGGGAAUUCAUCCCUCAUUUCAGUUAGUUUUUACCUUUCACAUCAAUAUACACGUCCGUGCUUGCUCUGCUCAGAUGGCACUCCCAUGUGCAUCCCCCCCCCAAAUGUGCCGUCCUAUAGAUACCUGAUUCUUAGAACAGUCCUUUUUUGAUGUCAGUGAUUUUUCAGAAGUAAAAUGGAGACAUAGAACUGCUGCAUAUUUGCCCAAGGAUACAAUGCAAGCCAACAUCUAUGCCAGAAUUAGAGCUUGAAAGUCCUUUGCUCCGAAUCCCAUGAACAUUUGUCAUCUUACAUUGCCUCUCUCAAAGAGACAAAAAAAAAACCUGAACAGGGAAGUCAUAGUUUGUAUUAUCUUGACCUGUUUUUAUUCAGAAAAACAACCUUCACUCUGUGUUCUCAUGGAGAUGUCUUAGUUCCAUCUCCAGUUUCCAGGCCUUGAAAUUCUUAACAGGUGCCUGAGGGCAGGUAGGUUUUGAGCACGAAUCCUGUUUUUGCAUUUCUUCUGCACAUGUUUGGCAUUCAAUGAGCGAGACUGUUUCUUUUCCUUUAAGGCAACAUUUCUGUGUCAGCUCUGUUUCUCUUCCUUUCUGGCAUAAGCACCUUGACACAGCGCUUACCUCUUGUGGCUCACUCCUUACUCUAAUGCAAGUAGAAAUAUCUCCAGAUUUGGCUUUGCAGUCUAUGGUACACAUGGGAUGGAGUUAUUUGUUUCAUUUGUGUCUCUCAUUUUACUAAUGACAUACAUAUAGGCAACAUUAUUACACACCCAGACUGUUUAUUUUUGAGAAGCUCAGUUGUAGAUCAUAUGGUUGGAAAGCAAAACGUCCCAGGUUUUAAAUAUACAUAUUAUUAUUAUUAUUUUUAUGGAAAACAACAUAGAAGCUGGUAAAUUCUCCUCUGGCACAAAUCCAGAUUUGGGGUCCAGGGUUUCUGGUAUCUUGAGGCUAGGGGAGCUGGGGUUAUAGUUUAGUGGUGGUUCUCUUCCAUUGGCACUAUUGGGCCCUCAGACUCUGUGUCUGAGUCUCUGGGUUUAUGACAGAAGGAGAUAAUGCUAUCUCUCUCAGCCUAUGUAGUUGGGACAUUACAGGUUAUCCACCAUUCCAUCUCUUUGCAUCAAUAUGAAAGCCACUAUCAAGUUUUUCAACCCAUACGCUCUGUUUUCGUUCCUUCAUCCAUCUCAAGAAAGCACAACAUAUCGAGUUCACUUUAAUGAUUGUCUCCUGCAGUGGGAGAUGAACAAUUCAACCAUCUUCUGAAACAACCUUGUAGAGCAAUUCUGUCAUUUCCUGGAUUUUUAUUGUCUUGUUGUGACAAGUAACUCUGGCAUUCAACAGUAGCUGACAUUUACUGCAUUCCUUUUUAUCCUUCCCCACCUAAACUCGAAAACCUUAUCUGAAUGAAAAACAUUAGAUAAUAUAGUAAUAAUAUAAGGAACAGCAUAGCAGUGCAUGGCAGCUAGCAUUUCUCUUUUAAUAUUUGUGUUCCUCAUAAUUGUGGGGAUGAUACAGGAGUAGUACACAGAGAUUCUAUUGGUUCGAUAGGAAAUUGGAACAGCUGCUAUCAGCUUAGCCUACCAAAGUUAAGUAUACAAUUUACCUGAGUCAGCUGCAAAUCAUAGCUAGUAAAAGAAGAUUGAGGUUAAUCAUCCCAUAUAUAAAUGCUGUAAAAUAAUGGUUGAAUCCAUCUAAAAAUAAUAAUUUAUUGCUUUAUUUCUGUCUGAAAGAAUCCUCUCCUGACUUUGUAACCUUAAGGAAGUAACCAUCUGAGGUAGGCCAUGCAAUAACAGCUGCCAGGUGUUUUUACAUGAGUAGAACGUGUGCUUUUAUUUAAAACGCAUCUCUGGGUUAUUUGUGGGGACAUAGGAAUUGGUUCAUUUUCCCCCCAAAAAAUAUAGUCCAGCCCCACACAAGGUCUGAGGGACAGUGGACUGGCCCCCUCCUGAAAAAGUUUGCUGACCCCUGUUGUAAAUUGUAGUUACAAGAUCUAAUCGAAGACUGGGUCUAAUCGAAGACUGGGCAGCUAUAUUGCAUUGUGCCAUGUUCUCAGGCAGUAGCAAAUUGGUUUUGUGGCCCCAUCAGAGAAUCCCAUCACAUAUGAGACUUGGAGUCUCUACUGCAACAAAGGAGCCAUAAGUCAGCCAGACAAUAUGCGAAUAGCUAGCGAAAGCUAGAAGGUUUGAAAACAACUGAAUUAUAGCAUUUGAUAAGAAAUUAGGAGGUGAUUCUCUUGAGUUAGAUUACUUGGUGGCUGUCUGUUUAGCAGAGAGUAUACCACAUGCCCUCACUACCACAUCUGAGAUCAGACAAAGAUAAUAUUUGCAUUUUUUCACUGAUGGCCAUGAAGAGGAGUUCUCGUGUCUUAGUUCCUCAGACUAUGCAAGUGCUAUUUAGCUACUUCUGAGUUAUUAUGCUAAUUAUAUAGCCUAUUAUACUUCAUAUUUUUAAGGAUUGUCAUGCAAUGCUGGUUCUCAUCCCCUUACUAUUUAAAGUACAUUUUAUGCAAAUGGUAUUUAUUAAAAGGAGUGUUUAAUAAGCCCCUUGCGGCAGCAAAAAUGCAGCAGUCAAGGUCUCAUUGUUAUGCAGAAUUCCUGGGAAAAAUAUAUUUUUGUGUGUGAAACCCAAGCCAGUUACACAAAGAGCAUAAAGGACAUCAUGCUAACCAUUAACAGAUCAGAAACUGGUAAACCUCCCUGUGACUAAGCCAUGGUUAGUGUUUUGGGGAUGUUGCAUCUGCACUCCUGUAGUCGUAACAUAUAUGCUGGUACAAACAAAAACUCCAUCCAUUUCUGUUCUUUUAAUUGGCAUGACUAUUCUGAAGUAUUGAAGCUACUACAAGAAAGGCUUCAGGCACUAUCCAGCCUGGUUUAAAUAACACCUUCAGUUUAAACAGCUGCAGUGGAAGGGCUUCAAGUUCUGAUUUAGGCCAAAUCCUUUGUCCAAACAGAUAAAAAAAAACCUGUGUGCAACUCAACGUUGGAGGACAGAGCUGCUGUGUCAUGCAGCGCGCGCACACACACACACACACACACACACCCAUCUAAGUGAUCUUGUUGACCUCAGGUGCACUGUCCCUUUGCCAGGGUUGAAAGUGAGAUUCAGCAGUCAGCAUAUAUAUAUAUAUAUUCACCUUUGCCCAGCCCAAUAUAUUUUGCUGCCUGAAUGGUACCUCCACCAUUCAAUGCACAGAAGAAACGCACUAGAAUGGCAGUUCCCCAGAAAUGGAAACAGGAAGAAAUUCCAACGAAAGAAGAAUGGCAGACGAAAUUAAUGGACUAUGCAGAAUUGGACAAAAUGACGGAAGGAAGGAUUCGAAACCUGCGGGACCAGAGAUUUACAGAAGAUUGGAAGAAGUAUAUGAAUUAUUUGAAGAGCAACUGUAAUCAACAAAUUACGCUAGUAGGACUACAAGAAGUUUUGUAAGGAGAAAUAUACGAAGUGUUACAAAGUAGAAAAAGAUAGAGAUAUUGGUUAUGAGUUUGAAAUGUAAUAGGGAAGAUAAGAAAUGUAUACUGAGAGAUCAGAUUGAAAAUUUUCAGACAGGAUUGAUGGAAGUCAAAAAUUUGAAUAAGAUGUAAAAGUAUGUUUAAUUACUGUUGAAAAUGAUAUGUUAAAAAAACUAAUAAAAAAUUAUAUAUUAAAAAAAAAAAAGAAUGGCAGUUCAAUCUUACUUUCCACAUGGGCAAUAGGAUAAUGUCCUCCAGUGCACCUGAGGACAGUAGGAUAGUUAUGGGGGUGCAGGACAAGCCAUGUGGCUCGCACCACUCUGUCCUCUAGCAGCUCCUUCUGCUGCCCAGCAGCAUUUGCUGAAAGAUGCUGUUACCUUACUCUCCCUAACAUCAGCCCUGCCUUAGCCUCAAGCAUCAAAGUGGUUUUGGCCAACUGGUCCUUUCUAUUCCUUUUUUUUUGUUUGUUUGUUCAAGAGAGUUUAUUUUAAUAAAAAUAGAGCCCCAUCAGCACCAGCACAAUGUCUGUGGGUGUUUUCCUGGCUUGCGUCCAAUUUAAAUGUUGUGGGUUUAAUUUGGUCUUCUUUUUCUUUUCAACACGCAGAGGAAGGGGCUUCCACCCACCCCUGCGACGACACAUACUGUGGUCCUUUCCCUGAAUCUGAGCCAGAAGUGAUGGCUGUAGCUCACUUUCUUCGCAAACACCGGAAACAAAUAAAAGCUUACCUGUCCUUUCAUGCGUAUGCCCAGAUGUUGCUGUAUCCCUACUCUUACAAGUAUGCGACUAUUCCAAAUUUCAGCUGUGUGGUAAGUAUGGGAUUUGAAGAAUUUUGAAUCCUUGCAGAUCACUUUGAAUUUGAAGAAAUUACUGUACUUUUCCAUGUAUAAGACAAUGUUUUUCUAUUUAAAAGUUAUGUAAAAAAAUGGGGGUCAUCUUAUACAUGGAUAGUCUAUAGCAUUGUUUCCCAACCUUGGGUCUCCAGCUCUUUUUGGACUACAAUUCCCAUCAUCCCUGACCACUGGUCUUGCUAGCUAGGGAUGAUGGGAGUUGUAGUCCAAAAGGAGCUGAAGACCCAAAGUUGGGAAACAGUGGUCUAUAGGGGGGACGUGAGAUUGGUUGCUGCCGCGAGCCAGAGAUUGUCUGCAGCUAUUGGGCGGGUUAUUGGUGGCUGCGGCAAGGAGUGGUGUUGACUAGCUGUCGCUGCGGGCGAUUGGAGGGGACAGAUGAUGGGUGACUUGCAAUGUGUGCGAGUGGCAGCAUAUGUCAGGCAGGUGAGCGAUUUUCCGGAUUCCCCCCUAAAAAAAGUUCAGCAACUCUGGGCAAUCUCCCCUCAUUUUCUUAAUUUGGAUUCCCCAAAAAUAGGGGGCGUCUUAUGCUCACCUCACAGAGUGUUUGUUGUGGGGGAGGAAGGGAAAGGAGAUUGUUAGCCGCCUUGAGACUCCUUAGGGUAGUGAUAAAGCGGGAUAACAAAUCCAAACUCUUCUGCUGCUGCUGCUUGGUGUGUGGCUAUCAGUUCAAAGUACAUAUACUUCAUAUUUAUGCAUGGGCAUAUCAUCCAAUGUAAUUGUUAUAUGAUCAGUAAUGAAUACAAUAAGCAAUAAUGCUUCAUUUGAGGCUCCAAGAGAGAUAGUGCAAAACAUUAGGAAUCUUGUAGAUUUUGUGGCGCCGGGUCUGACAGGAGUUAGAUGAGUGCCCAAAAUACUGUGACAAAGGCAGACAGGGAUUUAAAAAGCCAAUCAAAAAUGCCCAUGUGUACUUAACUUGAGGUUAGACUCUGUUUCCUUGCCUCCUUAAACUUCAGUCAGUGCUUUCACUAUCCAUAUAGCUAUGCUAACAUCUGUUCUAUGGGAAGAGAAUGUAUUAUGGGAAUUGCUAGGCAACAGAUUACGUGCUCUCAGUCAGUGCUACUUGCAGUUGAGAAGGGAACCUCUGAAGCAAUGCAACUGAUUGCUUGGUCUAAGAAUAUUUUGAAGGAUACCAAAAACAUGUGAGCCAAAGAGGUGCAUCAGAGAUCAUUUGCAAUAUCACAGAGGUGGCCAGAGCAUCAUUCUUGGACCAAAGUCAGGGCUUGGUGCAAGAUAUGCCCUGCUCUUCUCCACACUUGGCAGAAAGGUGGAGACUGUUUGGUCUCCAGUGGAUCCCCUGUAUUAUAUGCACAUUCUCUGUCCAGUAGCAAAUUGCAGCACAGCACGAGGCACAGCAGGAGAACAACACCCUCAUGUCAAGAGAUAUGUCAAAAGGCCAUGUCACUCUGUUUUCACAUUGGUGGUGAGGAAUAAGGAAACAUGAUGGAGAACUGCAAUAAAAGGUCGCAAGCCAUCAAGCGCACUUGCACAAAUAUCAAAUAACCAAUGCAGUUGCACAGAAAACAAAAGAAAGGCACAUUUACCCAUGCCGUCAACAACCAUGUAAGAUGUGAUCUCAGUUUAUUGUGAACGGCGCUGAGCUGCAAAGGAGAAUCACAAAGGAUUUCCUUUCCAUUUCCAUCCCCUGAGGCAAACUUCACAAGCACCAGAUCCUCAGAUUUAUUUUGCAUGUUGAGAUUGGCCAACAGAUGAAAGCUUUACCAUGGGCUUCAGUAUUCAGAAAUGAGGGGACUCUUUAAUAAUUCCUGAGCUGAAGGCAAACAGGCUUCUGUCCAGCAUACUAGACGGAACUGUGCAGCCAGCCACUCUUUGAAUUAGUGCACUAAAUUAUUUAGGGCUUUGAAACUGGAGAAAAGGAUACACAACUCCCCACAUUUAAGUCUUGUCUUUGACUGCGUUUUACAGCGCAGACAUGUGCAUGUGUAGUCUAUUUCAGUCUUUUGGGGAGAUGGUUAUUUAAUUUAUAAAACUAUUUGUUUCAGUAACCAUGGUCAGGGGAUCUGAAGUGAAGUUGUAUGACCGUGGGAUUGGGGGUGGGACUGGAGCUUAAACCAACCCUUAGUCUACUACUGAAAGGGUCAUCAGUAUCUUGGGAUAGGGUUUGUUGAGGAUUCACAGCAACGAUGCUCUCGGGAACAAACUUGCAAUAAAAAGUCAUUUUAUUUUGUUUAAAUAUAGAAUUAAAAGGUAUUCACACAGAGUGGUGCAUGCUCUAGUUAUCUCUCACUUGGACUACUGCAAUCCGCUCUGCGGGGAUACUUUUGAAGGUGACCUGGAAACUACAACUAAUCCAGAAUGCGGCAGCUAGACUGGUGAUUGGUAGCGGCCGCCGAGACCACAUAACACCGGUCUUGAAAGACCUACAUUAGCUCCCAGUACGUUUCUGCGCACAAUUCAAAGUGUUGGUGCUGACCUUUAAAGUCCUAAAUGGCCUCAGUCCCAUAUACCUGAAGGAGCAUAUCAAUCCCCAUCGUUCUGCCCGAACACUGAGGUCCAGUGCCGAGGGCCUUCUGGCGGUUCCCUCGCUGCAAGAAGCCAAGUUACAGGGAACCAGGCAGAGGGCCUUCUCGGUAGUGGCACCCGCCCUGUGGAACGCCCUCCCACCAGAUGUCAAAGAGAAAAACAACUACCAGACUUUUAGAAGACAUCUGAAGGCAGCCCUGUUUAGGGAAGCUUUUAAUGUUUAAUAUACUAUUGUAUUUUAAUAUUUUGUUGGAAGCCGCCCAGAGUGGCUGGGGAAACCCAGCCAGAUGGGCGGGGUAUAAAUGAAUUAUUAUUAUUAUUAUUAUUAUUAUUAAGAAGUCCUACUCACAGCAGGCCUAUUGAAGUUAAUGGACAUGGCUAACUUAGGUUCAUUGAUUUCAAUGGGUUUCCUGUGAGUAGGACUUAGUUGAACACAGCCCUUUAUUUUUAUUUAUUAUAUUAAUAUCCCACCAUGGAACUUGGGGCAGCAUCACUCCCAGGCAGUCAUUCAUCCAGACACUGUCUCAACAGAGACCUGAGCUGAAGCACAAAGUACUUGCAUUUGGACAGUCACUACAUACACACACACACACACACACACACACAUCCUCAUCCACAAAACACAUCCAAAGGAGAAACCAGGGGUGCUUGAGGAAUUUGAUUUCUAUAGAUUCUGAUGCAAAUUGACACCUUCUGGAUGAAUGUGUGAAUUGGUAUGGUAUCUUUCUGAUUUUGCUCUUCUCCAAAUUUGCAAAAGCAAAUAAUAAUCAAAUUGAGAUAAAUAUGUAUGUCAAUACAUAUUUUGAGAUAGAACAGGUUACUUCAAUACAUGUUUAAAUAUAAAUGUUCAUGCAUUUUUGUGUGUAUAUAUAUAUAUAUAUAUAUAUAUGAGAUUAAUGUGGAAACAGGACAAAAUGAACCUUAUGAAUGAACAUCUGCAGUACCGACAUGGAUCAGAAACAGACCGUUCUGUCCAUCCCUGGUUUCCAUAUAUGGAUCAGCAAUGCAUAAAAUUAGUGACCUCUCAUAUGGCAACCUAGUUAACAGAUGUGGAACUGCAGGCGCAUCCCUAUUUAGAAGCCUAGAAUCUGUCUUCCCAUGAUAGCACAACAGGGCUCACUCAGCCUCCUGCUUCUUCUUCUGUGGUUCCCUGUAUGAGAAUAGCACUUAGACGAGAGAAUAAAACUUGAGGGGAGAAGAAAGAAUGGGAAUGCAGCUAUUUCUGUCUCCACAGUCCAUAUUCUUCCACUACCAUCAGUCCUGUCGCCAUUUAUAAUAUUUAUAAAUCAAUAACUGUAAUGAGCUUUACAGAAUACAAGGGGACUGAUCCCCACCUUGAGGAAACAACCCAGGAAAGAUGCAGAGUUCACAGGGAAAGAACAUCCAGUUCUUUCAGCUGCACAUGAUUAGGCUGCAAGCUUGAAUUCAGUGGGGCUUCCUCUAUGUAAGCAGGGUUAGGAUUACUUAUUACAGGGUAAGUUGUGGGAACUGUGAUAAAUUAUGGGUUGAGCUAAAGCCUUUGAAUGAAGAUGGUGGUGGUAUCGGACAGGUGUUUUGGGAGGCAAUUCUAAGCCUCCAGGGCAGCAUGGGAGAAAGGGUGGAGUCUUUUGAGGGAGGAGAAGAACUACCGGUAGUUCAGACACCGAAGCUGGAGAAGCAAAGAUCAUGGGCAGGAUGUAUUGAAGGCCAUGGAGGACUUUGAAAGCACAGUCAAUAAGCUUGUGCUGGAUCUGGGAGUGGACAGGAAGCCAGUGUAAGGUUCUCAAUGAGUGGCGUCUCACGACCAGAGUGACAAAUGAGGUGAAUGGUUUUGGGAGCCAAACCCUGCUUGGGUGUGAGGGAACCAUGGUAAGGCAGCAGAAGACCAGAAUGGAAAUCAUACUGCAUAGAAAAAUGUAUUAGAACCAUUUAGUAAUAGAUGUGUGACAGAAUGGUUGUUAUCCUUGUGGGCAAGUAGCUACACAUUUCUUCAACUAUUUUACCUAGUACUGAAUGCUCUGAUGGUGUUUCCUGCUUGGCAGGGGGUUGGACUCGAUGGCCCUUGUGGUCUCUUCCAACUCUAUGAUUCUAUGAUUCUAUGAAUAAAUUCCACCUAUUUCUUCGUGCCAUGGCGGACAUCUGCUGUGACUCUUCAUAACUGUUACCGCCAGCUCUCUAGAGGUAUCCAAAAAUGUCAGCACGUCUGGGCACUCUGUAUAUACUCUCUCAUUUGAUUCUUAAAUGUAAAAUAUAUAGCAGUACAGAAGCAGAGUUUCAGCAGUUCCCUUAUCUGUAACAUCAUAAUUAAGUUUUUUGAAAGUUGGUUCCCGUCACAGACUGGCUGUUGCAACUGCAAAAUAUAAUUCAGGGAUAUUUCUGCAUAGUGAAUGGUUCUUGUCAAGAUAAAUCCCUUUCUUUUUCAUAUCCUGGACAGAAACAACUCUGCUACUGAAAUCACUUAAAUAUAAUGAUAUUCUGAGUGUUUCCACGAGCCCAGCCUUGUCACUCUGGAACUGCAUCUUGUUGAGUGUGAACUGGAUGAAGAUUCUCAGUAGACAUCUGAAAAGUAGCCUUAAUGGCAUGAAGAUCCUGGGAAUCUGGGGCAGGUACCAGUGUACCACCCACCUGUCAAAGUUAACCUGCAGGCAUGGGAGAAGAUAAAGAUCUGGCAUGCUGGACCAAAAGAUUCCCCCCUCUUGCACAAAAUUAACUAUUCUCAUAAGGUGAAUUGGAGACCCGUUGGAAGCAGAGCAUGAAGUUCCAGGGAGGGGUAGGAUCUUACUUUUUCUGCAGCCAACCCAUGCAUAGAUUGUAAGCAACCAGGCAGAGGAUCCUUGCUGAUUUCUUUAAUUGCCCAGUCAUUCCAGGGACACACGCUGUGGUCUAAACCAGUGAGCCUCUUGGGCUUGCUGAUCAGAAGGUUGGUGGUUCGAAUUCCCACAAUGGGGUGAGCUCCCGCCGCUCUGUCUCAGCUCCUGCCAACCUAGCAGUUUGAAAGCACACCAGUGCAAGUAGAUAAAAAGUUACCACUGCGGCAGGAAGGUAAACUGCAUUUCCGUGUGCUCUGCUUUCCAUCACGGUGUUCCGUUGAGCCAGAAGCAAUUUAGUCAUGCUAGCCACAUGACCCGGAAAACUGUCUGUGGACAAAUGCCAGCUCCCUUGGCCUGAAAGCGAGAUGAGCGCCCCAACCCCAUUGUCGCCUUUGACUGAGCUUAACCAUCCAGGGGUCCUUUACCUUUUACCUUACCAUUCCAAUAUGAUCUAAGAAGAAAGGGGAAGAUAGAAAACAAACCUUUUCUUCUUUGUUCAUCCUUGUUCACUGCUUUAAGGGUGGGGUCACAGGCAUCCUUUCUUAUGCCUACUUUAAUGCCAUUGUUCAAAUUAGUAUCUAAGUCCACAAAUCCUUACAUGCAGUGACAGGCAACAGGCAUAUGGCAGCAUACAAAGACCUCAGCCUGCUAAAAUAUGAACCAGAUUAUUUAUGCUGGGUUUUGGAAGCUUUGAAAUGGGAAUGAAGUAAAAACAAGUUUGAGGAACGUUGUCCUAAAUUGUUGGAUGUUACUUGAAAUUCUGAGAUAACUACAAUUGUUUCUCUCAUUCUCUGUUUGUUUGUUUGUUUUGUUUUGUUUUGUUUUGUUUUGUUUUGUUUUGUUUUGUUUUGUUCCCUUCCCAGGAAUCUGCUGCUUUUAACGCUGUAAAUGCCUUGCAGUCAGUUUAUGGGAUAAGAUACCGAUAUGGCCCUGCCUCCAGCACUUUGUGUAAGUUUCUCCAGUAUGCUAGUUCAUUAGUUUCCUAUUUGUACUGUGUUAGCAUUGUAGGCUGUGUUGUAAAGAUGCAAGCAAACCAUUUCAAAGAGAACUUUGUUCAGUCUGCUAUGAGAAGCAAGAGACGGCUGCGUGAAAUUUACAUUAUGUUGUUACGACACCAUCCUAAUCUUUUUUAGUGGUGCGAGAUUUCUGCGGUUCCAGACACUUACCUAGAGUUUCUGUUUCCUUUUGGGCAUUGCAGAGACUGUGGUGUCUUUAUCAUAUAUGGUUUUAUUUACAUGCCAUGUAUAUAUAGAACCUGCACCUAGAUGGAGGGAUUGCAGGACAUUCACAUCCUAUGAGGGUCUGGCUUCCCUCUUAAGGGCAGCUUUGGAUUCAAAGGACAACAGAAUGUCAUCCUCUGUGUUUCUUGGUCCCAACCUGUCACCUCCAACUCACAUGGAGUUCUGCCCCUCCUUCCCCUUCUUGCUGCCAACUGGCUUCAAGGACCUCCCCCCAACCUAAGUCAUUCAAAGCUGAAACUUGGACAUUGUCUGCUACCAUUGGCCUUUGCCUCUGCUACUCACUCAGAGCUGGAGGGGGCACCUCUCUGCUGUCUGGCAGUAUUUACAUUGCCAAUCAUUCUUAAUGGCCCAGUACAGUGGUACCUCGGGUUACAUAUGCUUCAGGUUACAUAUGCUUCAGGUUACAGACUCCGCUAACCCAGAAAUGGUACCUCGGGUUAAGAACUUUGCUUCAGGAUGAGAACAGAAAUCGUGCUCCAGCGGCGUGGCAGCAGCAGAAGGCCCCAUUAGCUAAAGUGGUGCUUCAGGUUAAGAACAGUUUCAGGUUAAGAACGGACCUCUGGAACGAGUUAAGUACUUAACUCGAGGUACCACUGUAUUUUGCUCUCUUUGUUUCUUGCUAAUGACCCGUCUUCUCCCAAGGACUUCCUGAGGAUGGAAAAGUGGUUUGAACUGUCUUUCUGACACUACGGGAUUCAGCAGUCUGGCAGCUUCCCUUAAUACCCCAAGCAUCAACUUAUUCCUAACAUUUACUAAAUCUAAGAAUUUAGGGAGAUCUUGCCCUCACAAACUCAUAACAAUAUUUACAUGCCAGCCUGACACAUGCCUUGUGCACAAGCAAAAACUCUUCCAUGCAUGUCCAGUGGAGGGAGCAAUGUGCCCUUUAUGUGCCAAACUCUUGUACCCCAUGGGAUGCCCACAGGACCUUGGAUGGACUUUUCAGUAAGAAUGGAGAUUGUCCCUGGAAAGGAAAGCUGAAAAGCUCUCAUGGGUGAGCAGAGCUCUGCAUGCAAUGCUUUGGGUCCCAUCCAAUGACUGAAGUGGGAUUUAAGAAGCCUAACUGUGUAGCCCAGAUGUUCUUGAUGUACUAAUAAUUGUAGCAAUGGAGUCUAAGGCUGGCAAAAAAAAACCAACCACCACCACUCUGCCUCUAGGAGACAAUAUAGGAGGAUCUUUAGAGGGCGCUGAGAAACAACCGACAUAAUAAAUGAUGUUUGUGAUUAUUCAAAUGCAGCUUUCAGUCCAGCUCACGGUAUGGGCAACUAGUCAGAAGUUAACAGCUGAUGGUGCAAGUUGAAUUCCCAUUCAUCAGAAGGGACAUUCAGCCCAUUCAGUGGUGUCUGAAUGAGGACCACAGUGUGGAUGAGCAUCCAGACACGUAUCUGAAUGUGGGUCGGUUACAGGAACAAAAUGCUUCCUUGCACAGAUCUCUUUUGCUGAUCAGGGCAUAUGUAUUUUGAGCUUACAAGGAUGUCUGGGUUGUCUCUUAUCACAUAUUUGUAGAGAAUAUUGAUGUACUGAGAAUUCACUCAGUCUCUGGGUUAUGUUCUUUUUGAAUUCUGGGUUUAGAUCACAAUCAUUUUGAAGACAAUAAAAAACCAAAGUAAAAUAUCUUCAACAGGGAAAUAUUUUACAGAAUAUUAAAAAUUCAUCUUCUUCCCAGCGGAGUUUGGGAUGUUUAAAGUCUGAAUUUUCAAUAACUGUCAGAGCCUGAAUGCAAGUCUCCAGACAACUAUGAUAGACAAAAGAAAUCCAGCAGCUUUAUAUAGCAAAGGAAUAUAUGCUUCACUUGUUUAGUUUGUUCUGAUCUAAAACUUUGGAAGAACGAAUGCAGAGAGAACUAAAUGCUUUUCUUCAAUCUACUGAAAAUUUAGUGGUAUAAAAUGAAAAGUGGUAUGAACAUAGCCCAAGGACUAGGGCACCUGUGGCCCUUCAGAUGCCACUGGGCUACAAUUCCCUGACUGUUGGCUUUGAGUUGAUGAGAAUUAAAAGUGUAACAAUAUCCAUAAGGCCACAGGUUGCCACCGGUUUCCUAGACAAAGUAUUAACAGGACACUUCAUUCCCUAAGGCAACCAACACCACAAUCCUAUAAACAUCUACCCAUAAGUAACCCCCACUGAGUUCAGGAGGCUUACUGCCGGGUAAGUGGGUAUAGGAUUGCAGCCUUUUCUGCUUUUUCAUACCACCUGGUUAAGCAUCCCCCGCCUUGCCCCAACUUCUAACAACAUACUUCCUCAUGCUGUUUUCAGCCACACAGCAACUGCCAUGUCAUGUCAGGUUUUUAAGUUUUAAAAAAUAGAUUUUUAAAAGAUGUUGUUAUAGUUAAUGAAGACUAUAGUGGGAGUGCUCAGCUUGUAGUUAGCCGCAGAUUGCGCCAUUCAACCCUUGUUUAAUUCAGUACUUCAGUGUGGGAAAGCACAACAAAUAAGAAUUGCACUUCACUCAUUCAGCACCAGUGGAAAUGUGGGAGGUAGCAUGUUCUUUUUUCUUCUAGCCCACAGCAAGCUGAGUGCAGCUCGCGACAGGGAUUAAUGUUCUUCUUGAGAAAUGUUAUGAUUAAGGCUGGAGUUCUGUACAUAUUUACCUGGGAGCAGGAAGUGGGGGAUUUGAUACAGUUGACGCUUAAAGAUGAUCUUGCCUGAUUCACACUUUUCAAAACACUAUGCAAACCAUAUCCAUUCUUCACAAUUUGCUGUUUUUGUUAUAGUUGGUCUAAUAAUACUUAUUUACAUCCCUCCUUUUGCUCAAACUGGGACUCAAUGUGGAACACAAAAAUUAGAACAAAUACAGAUAAAAUACACAUUGCUGAAAACAUAUAAAAGGCUAUUGAAAUUUGCAGUUAUCCAAAUUUUCAGUGCAGUUCUCCAGCAAGUAAUGUGUACAAAAAUGCAUAUACUAAAGUCUGCAUAUAAAUGUAUAUAUUAGUGAAAAUAGCAUGCUGGAAUGCAUAUGGGGAAACUGCAUUGCAAAUAUGUGUAUAGAGCGCAAAACUGAACAUAAAAUGUGUAUAGUAAGGGAAAUUCACAGGAAAAAUGCUGAUUGAUUUCCAUGAAAUGGAGAUGUGGAGAACUGGAGCUAAGGCUGGAAAGAUGAGAAAAUGAAAGUGACAUGUUUAUCCUUUCCUAGCUGGCAGUAAGUUUCAUCGAACUCAGUAGGAUUUAAAUCUGACUAGACAUGCAUAGGAUUGCAUUGUUAGUAAAUUGUAGGGAAGUUCUUCUUCCUAGCCUUUCCUUUCCUUGAGCCUGAUCUUAGAAAAUAAACUUCCAUGUAUCGUCUUACGCACAAGGCAAGUUGAAACCUUUGUGAAAGGAGAAAGUAGAGAAUGUUAUCCAUGCUAUUUUGUUUUCCAUUGUGUAAUACGUAGAUCUUCUUUAGAGUUAAAUUUAAUUACUUCAACCCUGGUCCUCUGAGUCAUUGCAGCAGUGGAGAAGUGGUCAGGUUGAUGCGGUUACUAAGUCUAAAACUUGCCAGUACUGUCAAAUGGGCCACUCCAGCAUCAUGCAGUGCUAAGAAGCAGCAUAGAAAUGGAUGAAGAUGGGAUUACUGUCUCAGGUCACUGCAAGCUGAUAGAACCAGGUCUGCCAGCACAAAAUUGCCUUGGUAGUCAGCAGUUUGAACUCAAUUACAAACCAGAUAUAGCGCAGCAAGGUGAAGGACUCCCUCUUGCCCCACCUGCAAUAUAGGUAUUUUCACUGUACUACAUACAUCUACAGAAUCAGGGAAAAGAGAGCUGAUGAAACUGUUUUUGGAUCAAAUUUUAGUCCAACUUGCAAAGCUUCUUUCUCUUUGGCAUCUCUGGAUUUGAAGACAUUUAGCGCCUUUGGAGUUGCUUAGAAAAACAACUUAAAAUAUAAACUUGUGGAACUAGCAUGUCCUUUCAUACACAUCACUUAAAAUUAUUAUUUUUUCCUUCCUCUUCCUUUUUCCAGAUGUGAGUUCUGGCAGUUCUAUGGAUUGGGCAUACAAAAAUGGCAUCCCAUAUGCGUUUGCAUUUGAGCUGCGUGAUACAGGUCAUUUUGGAUUUCUACUGCCAGAGACCCUAAUUAAACCAACGUGCACAGAGACCAUGCUGGCUGUUAAAAAUAUAACCAUGCAUCUGCUGAAAAAAUGUCACUAGGGUUUACAGCAAAGGGCCAAAACCCUAUUUCUUUUUAACUGUUAUUGAAAAUGUUUAUUACGGUACUUAGACAAUGUCAAGUCAAUGGAGCCUAGAAUCUGUCCUGCUGGUGGAGAUAAUCAAGGGGGGAGGGAAUGACAUUCACACUACAUGUAGGUUGAAGAGUGUGAUACAUAUUCAGGGCUAUGUGUAUAAUGGAAUCAUACCACUCAAGUGUAGACAUCGGUUUUGAGCUGGAAAGAAUAUGGGUUGGCAAGGCUGAAGAAAUUCUAAGAGCUGGGGAUGAGACUACAGCAGAGACGGGGAACCUGUAGCCUUUAAAUGUGGGACUCUAACUCCUGUCAGCCACAUGUAGCAUGACCAGAGGUCAGGGAUGAUGGGAGUUGGAGUCCAGUGUGAUUUUCUUUGGACAGUGUAUGAAAAAUAAAUGUCAACCCUGUCAAGGAGGUUUCCCAAGUCCUCCCUCCAAGCUACUAAUCAAUCACAUACAGGCACUGAACGGGUUCCAGGUUUUAUUGACAUCUUCCACCAACUACAGAGCAUCAAACAGCAAGUUUUAAAAAUGGCAUGUGUCCCCCCCAGCAGGUUAACUCAAAGAUUUACAGGAGCCAGGGAAUGCUGGCAGCCAGCCAGCCCCAUCACAUGCUCCCACUUUGGGGACUAAUUGUUACCACCUGCCUGAGGGGCCCCACCCAGCGGUACUUGCUCACAGGAUCACUACUUCAUGACAAGCCCUGGCCCUCUGUUAUUAGCAUAAAUAAUUGUUGUGGUGCUCACCACAGCAAUUAACACAUCGUCUCUGAGUUGGCAAGAAUGGACUGUACAAGGAGUGUGCAACCUUUGUUUGUCAAAAACUGCAUUUCCUCAGUGGUAGUUCAUUGGGGGUCAUAUACCAGAAGUGAAAGCAGAGUAACAUGGACGGGACAACUAAUUUUGUCUUUCUGCCACACCUUUCCCUCCCAACUACCCACCUUUUUUCUCACCCUCUUUUUUUUCACCCUGUUUCUCUUUCAGUCACCAUUCCCACCCCCCGCCCCCAAUAUUUUUCUGCUUCUUGAAAUUUGGCAGAGGGCCACAACUUGCCCACACUUAGCCUGGAGAAUAAAAUAUGUGAGCCUUAUUGCUUAGGGGAUUGUGGAACAGUGAUCCAGUCCAGCUGUAGUCUGGAAUUUUUGCUGAUGGACAUCAUUAUUGCUGAUGGACAACAUCCAUAUUUGGAUAUGAAGUAAGAUGUGCUUUCCAGUCUAGAAAAUGAUGGAGCUUCCACAUGAGAAACUCCUUCAUUGGAUUGGGGUGAAAAUGUGCAACUGUACUGGCCUUUGCUCCCUUGAUACUUCUUUUAACAUCAGUUGUAAAUGGAAAUUUUAUAUAUUUUGUUUUGAAUAACACCGGAACUUGUUAAAUAAAGCAC